GGCGGCUCGAAGCGCCUGCUCUCCUUCCUCGCCCUUUCUGAGGCCUGCCCUCAUGGACAGCCCCAGCCUUCCUGCCCCCGUUGUACUAACACCAAGGAGUCCAGGCUCGCUCCGCCUCGUCCACAGGAUCGUUUAUCAUUGGGGUUUCGUUUUGAGGGGUCCCCCGUCCCUCCCCCCCGUUUGUAGCAAUGGGGCACCGAUGCCCAUUUAGUCUGUGGCUAAAGAAAGGCGCGAAAAGGAAAGGGGAAGAAAGAAGAAGGGAAAGAAUGACAGGCAAAGUGUGUCUUCUUGCCGCCUCCCAAUUUGAUCUGGUUUUUGUUUUAAUGAAGCCAGGUUUGGGGACCUGGAGGAGAAAUGCUGCUGAGGAAAUAAUAUCCAGCGUGGAAGAAAUUCUGAAAGUGUUUAUUUAUAGAAAGAGCUGGAGCUCUUUGAAAAGAAAAGGGAAAACAAAAGCAAAGCAAUCAUCCUUCAAUCAUAAAAUUUUGUCACCAAGAAGGGUUUCAUUUCAUAUGACUCAUGCAUAGUUUCCCUCUCCCUUGCUUUUUAUGCCAAGGCGGGAAAACUUCAAAGGAGACAAAUGUAGAUGAGUUGAUUGACAAAUACCCGUACAUUGCAAACUGGGGCUUGAGCCUGGGAGACAGGAGUUCAGUUUGCCAGCUCUUCCAUCAAGGCAGAUGAAUGUCUGGAGGCUCCCUUUAUGUCCCUCUGUAAAAUGGGCACAGUGAUGAUCUGUGUUGCAGGCAGUGCUUGUGAACAGUGAUCUCCAAUCAUCUUCAGAUCUUGCUGCAAAGUCCGGCAGUCUGAGUUCUGCAUGUUUACUAGGAGAGGUAAGUGCCACUGUUCAGUAAGAUUUGUUCACAUGUAAGAGUGUAGGACUACAGCCUCACAAUGCAAUCCUAUGCAUUUACUCAGAAGUAAGUCCCUCAGUGUUCACACUCUGAGAUAAGUAUGCAGAGGAUUUCAGUCUACUCUUCACAGUUGUGUGGCUGCAUACAUUUAAAGCUCACAACUUCCCCCACAGAAUCCUGGAAACUAGUUUACCCCCUCACAGAACUACAAUUCCCAGCACACUGUACAAACUACAAUCCCCAUGAUUCUUUGGGGGAAGUUACAUGCAGGAGUAAAUUUCCUAUUUAGUAUCAUGCACCCAGCAACAGGAAUUUAUCUACUUCUCUUUAUGCUUUUUGUUUGUAAAGAAAUUAUGUUGUAGGCAGCACUGCCUCCUCAGGAUACUGUACUCUUGUGUGCUGCAGAAGGUCUUUUGAUAUGUUUUUAAUAAUAAAAAUGCUUUCAGAAUCAGAGUACUCCAAAUCCUAACACCGUUCUUGGGAAAGAAAAAGUAUUUUUAUUAUUGUUCUAAGUGCUCAAAGCACACUGGAAUUUGUUUUUGUGGAUUUGGUUUUUGAUGUGAAUAUUUUCAUCUUACGGUUGGGGUUGGCAUGGGGAUUGUUAGAUAUUUUAACAUGAUUGUGAUGUUGGUUUUGCUAGCUGUCUUGAGUUUCUUUUGAAAAUUAAGUUUUUUAACAACAGGAAUAAAUAAAGCACUUCAUGCAACACGGUUCAACAAUCUUUAGAGCAGUGGACAGGCUGGGCAGGUAUUAUCACCCACAUAGUACAGAUCAAAGGGUAAAGCUGGCCCAUGCCUACCAAGUGAGCAAGAGGCCUAGAAGAGCUAUGGGGGCGGGAGGUAAUUUGGCUCAUAGCUGGUGCCCUUGACUGCUGUGGUACACUAGCUCACCUGCACUUCCUUAUAACACAAAGCAUAAGAGAUUCUGGGAGGAUCUACAGCAGGGGCACCAAGCUUUUUGGGCUAAUGGAUACAUCUGGAAUUUUGAAAAAGUGUCAUGGGGGCCAGUCACAACAUGGUUCCUCGGGGUUGUGGCAUAACACAAAUUGGCUGCCAUGUGGUGUUUGUAGCAGAGGCCAAGCCAGUUUAAACAGGGACUGAGCAGAUAGAGCAAAAGUCUCUCAUGCAUGGAUAUUUACUGAGACCUUUCACAGGUGCAAUAAGAGGCCAUGACAGGCACAUUGACACACGUGGGCAACUUCUGAUGUCCAUGCACACCUGUGGUCAUGGACUGGGUGGAUGUAGAGGAAUGGUGGAAGGAACCAGCUGGGGAACCACCUAAGAGAAAAGGCUCAGAGCCUGGGGAUUGGUGGUGGCAUGACGAUGAGUGGUUAGAGUGAGAAGACUGGGAAGAAGAGGUGUCGGCAGCUGAAGGGGUAACAGGGCUUAGUGAACUGGGAGAGCCUGUGGCAGAGGGAAGUCCAGAAUCAGAGGCAGAAGCUGAAGUGGGAGGAGGGAGACCAAGGGGCAGAGAUGAGUCAGGCUGGUGAAGAGUCAUGGGUAUCGCUCCCUCCUGCUGCGACAAACUCCCCCCUCUCUCUCACACACACCCCGUCUCCCAAAACCAGAAGAAGGCUGAAACAGUUGGAGCAGUGACCAGCUGCAUGCAGGUGCAGUCUCCAAUUGCUUGGGAAAAGCCCUAGAGAGGAGGGGACUUUCAGUCUCAGCAACUGAUUCAUGGGGCAAGACCUACCGGGUAUGAGCUGCUGUGCUCAUUAGGCCUGACACUCAGCCAAGUCUGUGAAGAUCAUGUUUUUGCUAAUAAAGAGUUAACUCCAACUUUGAAUGGUGUGAUUUACUGCCAAUUCGCUCUGUGACACCUGCACAGUCUGGGCAUUUCUUUCUGGUAUCAGGCCUAGAUAUGGUCUAGCCUGUUAGAAAUGUUAGACUGCCAGGCUGAGAGCAACAUCUCCAUGCGUUUAAAGAUACAGAGGCCAGCCUGGCUGACCAUGACAGAUGCUUUACAGAGAUGGUGAAGUGCAGCUUUGGCAGCCUGGGGAAGAAAGAUAGAAUAGGCCUGACAGGGCAAGGUUGUGUCAAACCUGGAUCCCAGUAUGCUGAAUAUGUCAAACUGAUUGCAGGCUUUUGUGGGUUGCAAAACCUGUCAGUAGGGAUUGUGCCACUUCUUUUAGGUUCUAUGCGGAGCAAACUCUGUUGUUAAACAAUCCUGAUAUUACAUAGAAGAAAAUACUGCUUUCACGGGUGGAGAUGUCAAGACUAUCUCCAAAGCUCGUUGUAGCCCCUGAACAGUUCUUUGUCUCUCUCAUGUGUAUGUAUUUAUUGAAGGGUGGGUGUGUUGAUGGUUAUGUGAUGGGCAUUCUGCACAUGCUCAGAGGCUAAUGCUAGUACUUGAGUGAAAUGCCUGGGUUGAAUCCAGAGCUUAAGCUGAAUGAGUGGAAUAUAAAGUAAAACAGUGUUGUUGUUGUUGUUGUUGUUUAUAGAAUGCAUAUGACAAAGAAGAAUAGAAACUGAGCCCUUGCUUCCAAAAUGAGAGGAAAGGAAGCCUUUGGGGGCCUAACUAGAGAGAGCAGCUGGGCGCUUGCUCGCUCCCCCCCCCCCCCGCCACGGGCACUACAAUGGCCUAGGGUUUUAUUUUUAGCAUUCAGACGAAAGCAACCCCAGAAGGAGCCCCGACGGGGUACAAUCAGCCGCUUUGCUAGCAGAACCCCAGGAGGCAGCUUUAAAACCCUGACCGGAAUCUGGGAUCUCGGUGAGGGCACGGCGGCGAGCAGUUUGUGCCAGGCUAAGUAAAUGGCCUUAGCAGGACUGGUGGGUAAGCGAACCCUGCCUUUUCUCAGGGUCGGCUCCUUUGGAGCGCUUCCCUUCCGCCUCCCCCUGCCUCCCCGGCUCGGUCCCUCUGUCCGGGCUGCCGGAGGGAGAUGGCAAUCGGUGCGCUCGGAAUGCGCCGCUUGGCACUCACUCAGCCCCCUCCCCCUCCGCCCUCUCCCUCUCUCUGUCUUUCGCCGUCCCCUCCCCGCGCUCCGCUUUGCCUGUCAGGGGGAAGCAGCCUCGUCCGUCUGUCCCUCCCUCCCAGCCUGGCUCUCCUCCUCCGCCCGGGACGGGGCUGAGGAGCAGCCGCUCGCCGGAGCCCGCUCGCCCUGUGCGCUCUCGCUCCGGGUCUAGCUGCGCCUCCGAGGGCGCACGGUGCGCCGCGCUGGAGAAGGGACCGGCGCUGGAACUGCCGGCCGUCUUCCAGCUCCGCGUUGCUGCCUGCCCCCACCCAGGAUGCUGCCCCCGUCCCGGACCCAGCUGGGGCUUUUCUUCAUCCUGCUCUGCCCGGCCAACAUCAUCGGGCUGUGGUGGUGAGUAGCUGAGCCGCAGCGCCCCGAGGGCGAGUCCCGGGAAGGAAGGGGCUCUCCAAAGGGGAAGGAGAAGAACGAGGAGAAGAUGGAACGUGGGCCAAGGGAGGGCUGUUUGCUCUGCGCGCUUCACUCGCGCAGGGAGAGAGCCCCAGAGGAGUGCCGUCGGGGCAGCAGUCAGCCCCACGAACCGUUUUCUAGACUGGAGAGGCUCGGAGGGCUGCGGGGGCAGUUCUGGGGAGCUGGGAUGUCCGAAAAGGAGAGGUGUUUACGAAUCCCGUGGGGAACGCGAUCUUUGGCCGGAACUGGCUUUCAAACUGGGGCUGCUUGUAGAGAGGUCAUGUUGGAUGUGAGAAUCCGCGACGGGGCAGGCAUUAUCCCAGCUCCAUAGAUGCACAGGGUCUUAAGGAGCAGAAUCCACCACCACUCCUCCAGUUCCACAGGGUCCCAUGGAAUCAGUAGUACUCUGGGCUUCAGAAACUUUAUAGUGUGAGGAGGACAGAGAGACCCCCUCAAGAACCCAACUGAAUUGCAAUUAUAUGCACGUAUUCCCAGAGACCCCAAAGAACCCAUAGAACCUCAGAGAGCGCCUCCCCCCCCAAAAAAGAUUUUUCUGCCUUAGCUUCAGAUCUUAGAACACAGACGGAUCUCCACAGAGCUGUCUCGUUCCCACCCACCUCUUCACUUUUCCGAAUCUCUCCCCCUUCGAGUCCCACCGAAAAGCCCUCCAACUUGAGGGCGCCCCUUCUUUCUGCAGCCCGACCCUCCUCUGCUCUCCCCGCCCCAUCCAAGUCCCCAGGGAUCUUCAGGUAAACGCGAGUCGCUCCUGUUGGGAUGGGGCAGCAGACGCCCGGCGAGCGCUGAGUUGUCCUCGGGCUACAUUCCUCGAGAAGGCAAGCAGGGAAGGAGCGCGGCGGGGUGGGUGGCUGGCUGGAUGUCGAAGGCGAGGAGACCGACCCCUUGUCGAAAAGCCUCCGGAUCCUUCUGGAGAGGCGGGCGGGGGGCACCUUGCCUUGCCCUCCCCCUCCAGUAAGUCAACUUUAAUUAAAAAGACAGGGAGCAAGGAAAACGCAAGGUGACUCGGAGAACGCCCACCCCCGGUUCUGCCCCCCCUUGUUGUGUGGGGCCUUCAUCAAAGUGUGCGGGGGAGGUAAGCCAGGGAGACAGAGGGAAGGGGGAGGCGAAGGGGGGUUCAUUACACGAACGAGCCCGGAGCUGGGACCCAGCCUCGGAAAAGCCCAGGUAUCUGUCGAAACAUGACCUAUUUAAAUCUAUUAAGAAUUUCACCCAACCUGUCCUGAUCCCUUUUUAAGUGCUUUCCAGGCUCGCUUCCUUCCAUGCAAUCCGGGACAUAAUUCAUUAGCUAAGGUGAUUCAUCUCGACGUUGUCACACUUGCCUGACCUCCAAAAUCAAGCCCUGAAAGGAUAACCCUUUCCCUGCCUCCCUCUCACACCUCUUUUCCUGAGGGAACUUGUUUCCUUCCUUCACUGCCUGGUUGUCUCAGCCAGCUCCUUCCUGGAGCCUUCAGAAGUUGGAGGAGGUUUGACCCAUGAGAUAUGGACCCUUAACAAGUUUUGAAGGCUUUUAGAGUAAAAGGGUGGGAUCUGCUUGGCAUGCAGAAAGUCCCAGGUUCAGUCCCAUGCAUCACCAACCAACAAUUGCUCCAUCAUAAGCAUCUCCUCCAGAGGAACCCAGGGCCAUUUAUCUAGCUGAAAGCCCAAGCCAGUUGUCACCUUUUACUGAGCUUUUACUGGUGUGAAUGAUAGGGGAACUGGGCCUCUUUAAUCACAGGAGGGAAGGGUGCUUUUGCACUCAGGUCCUGCUUGCAGGUUUUCCACAGGCAUCUGGUUGGCCACUGUGAGACCAGGAUGCUGGACUGGACAUGCCAUUGGCCUGAUCUAGCAUAGCUCUUCUUGUGUACAGGGGCUACAGCUACCAUCUCCUGAUCUCUCCAGGCAUGUGUCUUUGCUGGUCCUGAAGAAAUAGACUUGACUUGCAGGUGUGCUUGCCACACAUAGGGUUGGUUCUCCUAUAUGGGGUAAGGGUGGUAGCUAGCUCUGUGCUGGAGCUUCUGCUUUGCCUGUAGACUGCCCCAGGUUCAAUCUCAAACAUCUCCAAGUAGGGGAGGGCAUCUCCCAUCUGAAAUCUUGAGAGCUACUGUCAGUCCAUGUAGACAACACUGAGCUAAAUGGACCAACAGUAUGAUUUGGUAUAAGGUAGCAUCCUAUGUUCCUGUUAAUGUAUGCAUGUAUCCAAAACUUAGAGGCUGGUCACUGAAAAUGUGAAAUGACUUCAUUGAAAAGCACUGGGUUUGAGGUGAUGCCAAGCCAUAUGAAAGUUCUGCUCAUCAGCAGUUAAUUUUGGACGACCUAUUCACAUGUGCAAAUUACUUGAUGUUGCAGCCAUCGACAGAUGACCAAUGGUGGCACCUUUUUUGCUAUGUACGUGUGUGAGUUCUCACUAAAUAAACAGGAGCUUCAGCAGCUGUGCACAGACUAAUACUAAUUGCAUUCUACUGAAAAAUAUCUAGGCAAGUAUGGUGAACCUAAAAUGAUCAAAAAGGUCCUUGCACGUACGUUCAUAUACAUAAAAUCAGACUUUUGUGCAGUCAUAGUCAAAGAGAAGUCAAAGCAGAGGGACAACCUAACCCUCUCAAUCAGAGAAUUGUUCCUGGUCUUCAGACCUUGGCAGCCAGCAUGAAAGCAGAAAUACCAAGUGAUCCUUCACCCAUAGGACCUAGGGCCGAAGUCCUCAUUCACUGAUUUGAUCCCCAGUUCUGCCAGUUCAUGCCCCAGUUUUUCUCUUCCAGAGGUGCACCUUGCUUUAGUUUGCUGCAGCAAGAGAAAAGAGCUUGGUUUUAAAAUUACAGCAAUAGAUGGCUUUUCUGCAUAGAGAAUCAACAGUUUGGUGUCCCCUUUAGGUGGGAGAUGCACCUUUCCCUUAGCACUGGGGCUACUGAGCAAGGGUAGGGUUUAUUUGCUUGCCCUUUGAAUCCCUUGUUCCCCCAUAGUGGGUGCUUCUGUUUGCUUCUGCCUUUCUUGAUCCCAGGCUAAGUUUAGGAGCAAACUCCUUUAUUUGGGGUGCUUGCCUUUGCAUUCUCUACUGGUCUUCAACUGGUGGGUCGGAACCCAAAAUCAGAUCAUGGCCUGAUCUAAGGUGGGUCACAACAGCCACAGUUCUACAAAAAAAAUAAGUAAAUGAGUCCCCAAAUGCAUGUUUGAGUUAAGGGUGGUCCUAGGUCUGAAAAGAUUAAAGAUUAUCCUUUAGAGCAGUGGAGCCCCACAACUCCAGUCACCACUGACCAUUAGCUAUGGUUGUUGGGGAUGAUGGGUUUUUUAGUCCAACAACUCCUAGAGACCAAAGGUGGAAGACUAUUGUUCUAGCGUCUAAGGGCUGCUUCUUCCUGCAAUGUUGAUCUUGCAAGGAAGCCAUUCACAUCCACACAGUAGCUGCUCCAGACAGUGGGCUGGAGUGUGCCCACUCAACACCUCCUAGGGCUGGCUCAAUAUGUUUUGGCACCUGCAUUAGAAAAGACAAAUGGCACCAUCCUUCCCCUUUAAAUAACAUGGGGAACAAUCCACAGGAGACCUUAUCCUGUUCAAGCCCAUUGAAAUGAAUAGGAGCUGCACCAGAGUGCAUCUUGUGCAGCUCUUAGUCAUUUCAGUCGGGCCUACACAGGAGUCCUAGUGGAUAGUGCCUCCUUAUCAAGGCUAGUGUCAGGAGCUGGCAUUGUUGGACACCUACUGAACCAAUACACUAAGAAAGGACUGACUUUCACAGGACUGGUACAAUACAUUAUACUGCCUGAGAUGGGUGGACAGACCAUGCUGCCAUCUCCUUCCAUCACGACCUCCUCCUCCAGCAGCAACCCUGGCAAGCUCAAUGCUGCUUUCCAAGGAAUGGGCCUUUCUUCAGAGUGAGGCAUUGUGGGAGAUCUUGCCCCAGAGAGUGAAGGCAUCGCUGCCACGCUGCUGUGACAGCAGCAAGUAUCAUUUAAAGCCACUUGAAGAGUGCUUGCCACUGUCAUGUCAAGGCAGCAUUAGGACAGGUGCUCUCCAGAAGGAGCCCUGAGGGAGGACAAGAGUGGGAAGGGAGCAAGGGACUUUUGUACUGAGGGAUGGGCACAAAGGGCCUCUUGCCAAGACCCUCUAAAAUAACAACAACUGGAGCUGGUCUGCCAUAUUUCUUUGUCUCCCACAUGAGCUCCUCUUAAGGACACCCCAAACCAGCUACUACUGCUUUGCCUCAUAGCUCAGCCAAUUCCCAAGACAUGCCACCAGACACCGCCAGCAGCAUCCUAGGACAGCACGGGAAACAAGCAAGCAACAUGGUAGAGGGCCCAGUCUUCUUGCCUGGUGCCUGCUGCUAGUACACACCAAAGAGCUUGCCCUGCCUCUUUGAGCUGUCUCUGCACAGUGGCCAUCUCGUGAGAAGGCCUUUGUUGCACUCGGGGGAGGCCUGGACCAUUGUUUUCUUGACUUAGGCAGGAUCACAACACCAAAGGUUUGAGAACCCCUGCUGUGGAGAUUUGUGAAUUGAUAUUAAAUUUAAUACACACCAGGAGGAUCACACUGGGAUUUCUCUUUUGGCACCAGUAGCAUCAGGAGGAGUUGCAGCAGGGAAGGAGCUGGGAGUAUUGCACGAAUACUCAGUGCAUGUCAAAACUAGGCACAAUUGCUAACUCCCUGGAGCUACUCUUUUCUCCCACUGAGUGACAAGCAUGGCGUUCUGCUGCAGACCAUUUCUAGACAUUUUUGUUCCAUCCUUGCCAUGUCCCCCCUUUCCUCUCUCAUACCAAAAUGUUUGCUAUUUUAACACAUACAUUUACACUCCUAAGUGCUUUCUUUUGCUCAUUUCCCCCCAGAACUCUGACAGUGAUGGAGCUAGGCCUGGGGUUGUAGUUGUUGUUGUUGGUUGCAGGAACAUUUUGGCAGCUGAGGACAGGGGAGAGUGGAAUGGACAGCUACAAGCAAGGAUGCAAAAGACCCAGAGCUGGAACUUGACCAGGAUGCUCAGGAUUAAAGCAGUUGGGAUCUUGGAUGGCAAAAGAGAGCUGGAGACUCAUCUGGAAGGAGAAACUGUGACUGUCUUGUGUGUAUUGGCAGAGAUUGAGCUGGAAGCUUAAGGGGAUAAUGCAGAGGAGGGCAGAGGUUCAGCAUGGGUUGGCUUCUUCUUGGCUUUUGUUUAAAAUUAAUUUUAAAAAAUAACCCAGCUGCAAAACAGUGAAGAAAACAAGCCUGGAUGCAAAAACACAUUGCACAAAGAGUCUGUCCAGGCUAUGCUUGUCGACUUCAGUUCUUGAUCAGGAAGGCUAAAUCGAUCCAAGAGAACGGAUAGGUCUUAGCACUUUAGCUUUGGCUUAUCGGUGUUGGUGUGCUCCUGUUGCAAGGAAGAGGCGAGCAGCAGUUAGUGCUGGGAGUGUACUGACAGCGCUGUGUCUGUGUGUGUUCUGCUGCUGCACAAUGCAAACAAAGGCAGCUGCAUGCUGAAUUCAGCUCAGCACCCCAAGACCCCCCAAGAUGUGUGAAAGAAACACCAGCUUUCUAGUUAAGAAGAAUGUGAUGAAAGGUUUUUAACAUGGGUAACGUGUAGGUAACAUGGGGUGAACGCUCAAAAGAAUUUGUCCAGAGAUGAGGUCCAGUGUUCGCCCAUCUAGAACAGGUGUGUUGAACCUUUGGUCAGUUAGAUGUUGCUAAACAACCAUUCCCAUCAUCCCUGGCUGUUGGCAGUGAUUGUUAGGGCUGAUGGGAGUUGUAGUUCAGCAACAUCUGAAGGGCUGAAUGUCCCUUACACUCUUACUAAAUAUUUGCCCUUGCUAUGAUUAGUGGAAGAAAUUGCUCCAAAGAAUCAAAUGCCUAAGUAGGGGACAGGCCAUAGCUCAGUGGCAGAGCAUCUGCUUUGCUUGCAGAGUGUUUCAGGUUCAGUAAGUGGCAUCUCCAAGCAGGACUGGAAGAGAUCCCUGUCUGAAACCCUGCUGCCAGUGAGCAUAGACAAUACUGAGUUAGACAGACCUGUUGACUAACUCAGUAUAAGGCAGCUUCCUAUGUUGUUUAAUUUGCAUAUUUUAUCCAGUCCUCAGAACUGAGCUUUUCUUAGUGAAUAAUUAAAGUUACAUUGCAACACAGGUUUAUUAUUAUUAUUAUUAUUAUUGCUAUUUUUCUAGAAAAAUAGGUGCUGAAACUCACCAUGAACACCUCCCUUGUUCUCUUAGAAUGGCAAAAAGCCCUAAUUAUUAUUAUUAACAGCCUACUUUGGUGAAGUAAAGCAUACUGUGAUGCCUGCAACAGAUAGAGCAUCCGUGGCUGUGUAGCAGAGAGUAGGUGAGCUGUAGAGUGGGUCCCCACGCUUAAUGAGAAGUAUGUGUGGGCAGCAGUCACUCACUGGGACCUAUGGAAACUUGCCCUCUUGAGGAACUGUUUAAACAAGGGAUGGAGAAGCUGUGGCCCUCCAAAUGUUCUUGGAACUCCAGCUCCCAUCAGCUGCAGGUAGCAUGGCCAAUAGUCAGGGAUGAUGGGAGUUGUGGUUCAGCAACAUCUGGCGGGGACACAGAUAUCCUAUCCCUAGUUCACACUGUAAGGUACUCCUGGGACCACAACCCCUGAGAUUUUUUCUGCCUCUGAUUUAUUUCCGUUUUCCAGAGGUGACUCAGAUCCAGAACUGCGUAAAACAAAAACUGCAGUCCCUGGCAAGACCAUAGGCACCUAGUCAGAAAUAACCCAAUACGUUUCUGUAUCUGCAGCAGAAAAUCCAAAUAACAAACUCUCUCCUAAUUAAAAAAAAAAUCCCAAAAAAUUAAUUCAGUGGUAGCCAUUUUGGGCUUUGCACUGACACCCACCAUUUUUUGUCUGUAAACCCUCCUAAUGUGGAUAUGACUACUUCCCCCAUAGGGCUGGGCCUGUCAAUGUAGCUUCUGGUAAAAGUGGCCCUGUGGGGUAUGUAAUCAUGUAAAAUAAUGCUGUUUGUUUAUAGAUUAAAUUUGCAUCCCACCAGUUUGACAUGAAAAAGCACUUGGGGGGAGCUAAUGAUGAAAUGAGGGAAAUAUACAGCAAUCUAAUAAUAAUAGUAAUAAUAAUAAUAAUAGUAAUAAUAAUAAUAAUAAUAAUAAUUGUACACCUUCAAAAAAACAAGCCAAACUGGCAGUAGCUGUUAUCAUACUAUGAAGUCAAAGCAGCCAUAACAUCUCUCAACAAAAAGAAACAGUAAGAGAUCUGGAUACAUUUUAAAAAUUAAAAUAUGCUCGCUGAAAUAAAAUGGUCUUCACUUGUUUCCUGAAGAUCACAGGUGAGCGGCUCUGCUAAGCUUCUCCAAAGAGGGACUUCCACAGUAGUGGUGCAAGUGUCAAGAUGGACUGCAUCUUGUGCCAGGCAACCUAACUUUGAGCAGUCCUAGCAUUCAAAUCAGAAUCUUACCUGAUAACCUUAAUACACUAAGCUGAACACUCCACUGUCAGAGGCAGCAACACUUCCGAAUACCAGUUGCUGGAAACUGCAAGAAGGGAGAGUGUUGAUGUGCUCAGGGCUUCCUUGUGGGCUCCCCACCUGCAUCUGGUUGGCCAAUGUGAGAUGAGCCAUUGGUCUGAUCCAGAAGACUCUGGAUUAUUAACAUACUGAACUAGACCAUUAGUCCAUCUAGUUCAGCUGGCUCUCUGGUGUGCUGUCCUUUGGGUUGUGGGGUGUGAGACACAAAACAAAUGUAUUAGGGAUAUAUUUAAUUUAGCUCUAUCAGAUUCUAGUGGAGAAAAGUGUAUGAACCUUCACACUCUCCGCCAGAAUCUCUGCUGGUGUAAAGAAAUGGAAAGGUGCUCAGUUCCUCAGGAUCUGGCUUUUCCUGGAGUAAUCUAAUCACUCGUAAAAAGCUUGGCCACGGUUACUGUGGACUCUGGGCACAAUAUAUGAUUGAUCUCAUCCAGUGGUUUUGACAUUAUCAUGCUCCUUGGGGGACAAGAAAACCCUAAUUGCGUCAUCUCAGAUCUGACAAGAUGUACUUAUUCCCACCACAGACAACUUGGCAAAGGAAACCGACCCCUUGAUCUGAGUAAUAAUGGAUCGUAUAGCUGCAGAGAUUAACGCCUUGGACAGUCAGCACUGGGGCUUGUGGGAAUGCAGACUGAGAUUUAAUAGCCGCAGGAUUGUCCCAGGAGGCUGUGCUCUGGAUCCCGAAAGGGGCCCACAGUCUCUGAAGUCCUUCUUCUUUACAGGGACAUGAUUUGAAUAGAGAAAGGAAGCAUCUAUACAGAAUUUAUCAGUAGCCAGCAGGGGGCAGCAAAAGAGACAAUGGGUGGCAAAGAGUAUCAUUCCAGGUUCUGAAGCAGGCCAGCUGUGUAGAAUUUGUUAAGCCACGCCUUCUUCUGUUAUGUCCCUCCCCUUGAAGCCUCAUUGGACAAUGCUGGGUCCUCUUUGGGAACAGAAGGACUCUCACUUAACUGCUUGUCUAAAGGGAUUUUGUUUACUGAGGAGAAUAUUAUUACCUCCCUAUCUUAAAAACGGUAGUUUCCAGCUGUAAUGCUUUAAGGGAAUAUGAAAAAUGGGUUAUUAAUAGGUAAAAAUCUAACGUUACUAUUUUUAAGACCAAAGAUUAGGAUAAAUAAAGAGGGUAAGGAUUUGCUGAACCAACAAAUUGAAUUGGAAUACAAAAAAAGGAGGUAUGAGGAGGUCCGGGAAACACGCUAAGGAAAAAUAGGUAAUGGAAAAAUUGAGUGGUUUUUAAUCAUUUUUAUUUUGUAUUUUCUUUUUCUUUUUCAUUUUUAUAUUGUAAUAUUUUGAAAAUCUUAAUAAAUAUCUUAUAAAAAAAAUAAAAACGGUAGUUUCGAGUACGUAGCAAUGAGCAAUAGGUUUAUGCUGCAGGAGGGGAGAUGGAUUUACUCUAACUGUAGGAGUAAGAGCAGUGGAAGCUUCCUUAUACAAGGCCUAGUAUUGCCUACCUGCGGUAGAAUUGAACCCAGGAUAUUCUACAUGCAAAACAUGUGCUCUACCACUAAGGCAUGGUCCUCCCCAAUCCUAAGUAGGUAAACUCCAGAACCUGUUCUCCUUGCAAGUAAACACAGCCACUGAUUGCAAUUACAAUUAAGUCCCAUAUAUAAUGUUUAUAUCCAGCAAAAGGUUAAGCAUUUCAAAGACCCUUUAGACAGCAGCAACCCUUUUUACAGUUGAGAAUACUGACACAGAGAUGACUUGUUCAACUCAGCCAUUGAUUCUGUAGCAGAGUAUUGAGUCUGUAGCACAACCAACUUGAAAAGCUAUCUUGGGACAGCCAUCUUGGGAGACAGAAUUCUCUCUCUCACACACCACCUACACCCACAAAAUGCAAGGCAGAAGGAAGGGAACUGUCAGGAAAUUCACAAUUGCUGGCUGAGGAUGAUCCAGACUGCUCAAUCACCAUUAAGAACAACCCUGUUGGAUCAAAUGAAAGGCCUGUCUACUCCAGCAGACAUGAGGACCAUAACCUCCCAUUGUUGUUCCCCAAUGACUGGAAUUGGAGAGAGUACCAUUGUAAACAGCCACUGAUAGAGAUUCUCAUUUUAGGCAUUCUUGCUUGUGCCCAAACUGCCACUUAAUGUAACAUCUUUUUAAAAAACCAGUUCAGAACUGCUCCCCCCCCCCAAAUAAAAAAGGUAAACAUAAAGGACCCCUGGAUGGUUAAGUCCUGUCAAAGGCACCUAUAGGGUGUGACACUCAUUUCGCUUCAGGCCAAGGGAUCCAGCGUUUGUCCACAGACAGCUUUCCAGGUCCUGUGGCCAGCAUGACUAAACCGUUUCUGGUGCAACGGAACACCCUGCUGGAAGCCAGAGCACAUGGAAAUGCCUUUUACCUUCCUGCUGCAGUGGUACAUACUUAUCUUACACUGGUGUGCUUUCCAACUGCUAGGUUGGCAGAAGCUGGGAUAGCGGGAGCUCACCCCUUUGCGCCUGUUAGAUCGGGCCAAUGGCCCACCAAGUCCGGUGUCCUGCUCUCAUAGUGGCCAGCCAGAUGCCUGUAAGAAGUCUGCAAGCUGGACAUGAAUACAGCUGCAGUCUGCCCACCUGUGAUUCCCAGCAACCAGCAUUCAGAAGCAUCACUGCCUCCGACUGUGAAGACAGAGCAGGGCCAUUGUGGCUAGCAGCUAGUUAUAGCUUGUCUAUCUUUUAGCCAUCCCAGUCAGUAGCCAUCACUGUGUCUGACAGGGGUGAGUCCCAUAAUUUAACCCCCCUACCACAUAUGGGAAGUAUUAUACUCACUGAUGCGUAUGCUGAGAACGCAUCUAUAUUAUAAUGUUCAGUGGUAGGGGCGAGGAAACCUGCGGCCCUCCAGAUGUUGCUGGACUACAACUUCCAUCAUCCCUGACUAUUGGCCAUGCUGGCUGGGGCUGAUGGGAGUUGCAGUCCAACCACCUGGAGGGCCACAGCUUGCACAGCCUUGCUCUAUGGAUUUUGGUGGUAAUGUAUCCUUACUACAUCAAUAUAACAGUCAGUAUUAUUAUCUCCAGGUUGUAGAUGGGUAGAUUGAGAGAGAGAUCUACCUAAGGCUGUCAAGGGAAGACACAGGAAAGGCAAAUUUCAAACCAGGGAUUCACAACACAUUGUCUUAGCCACUGCACUACACCAGAUCUCUGAUCUAGUGAAACAAGUAUUUUAAAAGCAUAGAAUUUUUCAGUCUAGACAAAGCCUCACUUUCCUCUUCUCCCUUGCCAAUUGAUCCUGAACACCCUCCAAUCUGAAUCCUCCCAACAGUCACCCCCCGGUAGAAUCAUGUCAAAUUGUUUGAGCCACAUAGAUUUUGGUUUAACAAAUGUAUUCCUUCUCUUACAGGCCCCUCUUGGUCUGUGCUUCUGACAUUUUGUAAUCUGGAUGACAUGAGUUUAUUGGUUUAUUUAGCCAAUUUCUGACUCAUGGGCAGAUGCAACACAAGAAGCAAAUUUAUCUGGUCUGUGGCAGAUAAAGGCAUGGCACACAUUUUGCCCACUGUUUCCACGGAAAGAAAAGAAAAUUGUGUUCAAUUUUUGUGUGUGAGAUAGCUAUUUGAAGCUGCGUUUUAAUGUUACACCUCUUUGAGGGCUUCAUGUGCAAUGCCUCAGCCAUGCCUGGAUGUGUGUGCAUGCUCCAUAGCUGUGAGGCCCUUAUUGCUAGGUGUGCUGAGUCAAUUGUAAAGCCCGGCGUACCACCCAGAAAGGGGUCAGGCUAUGUGAGUCAAAAUAUACUUCUGGCCUCCAGAACACUGUCUGGAGUGUAGCAUGGCCCUUGAGAAUAGAGAAGCCUUGAGAAUAGAGAAGCUGGCCAUCCCUGGCAUAGUGCAACAGUCUGCAAUGUCAGCAAAAUAAGCCCUUGACCCCCUAGAAGGAACUAUAGUCAACUGUCAGGAAAAACACAAGCACUUUUCUCAUCCCACCAGAGCUGGCCCUGCCAUUAGGCAAAGCAAGGUGGUUGCGUCAGGCAGUAAUGUCAGGCAGUGGGGAGCAGUGGCAAGAUGUUGGAGCAGUGUAGGUCUGGAAGCCUGUCCUGUGUCCUCUAAAGCUGCCCCGGGAGGAUGCUGCCCCAUCUCCAAGUGUUGAAAUAAAGCUCUUGCCAAUUUCUGUUUCUGGAGUGGGGUGGUGGUACAAUCUUGUCCUUUGCUUUAGGCAGUGAUACGUCUUGAGCCAGUUCUGGAUCCUACCUGGUCUGCAACUCUAUUAGCUUAAGAAACUGAGGGAUCAUCCCUACUGUUUAGGGUGGACAGUGGGUUUCCUGUACACCCAUUAAUUUUCCAUUGCUGUGGGCACAUGUGGUCCUGAUUAUCCCCUCACCCCAUUGCCUCUCUACAUGAGCUCCUUGUUGUUGGAACCUGGUGUGUGGAUGAAGUAGUUAAGAAGGUACUUCCUAAUGUUCUUAACAAUCAUGAAGGUGCAAAUGAGCAAAACCACCCCUGAGGCUUCUUUCCAAAACAAUUCUGGAUUCUUCUUAAAAAGAAAAACCUCUCUGUAUUUAUUUCAGGACUUGUAAACUAUUCCCACUGCCACCCUGUCCUUGUACAAGGAUUGCUUCUCUGUUAGCUUCAGGAAGACAAAAAUUUUACAAGCCUUUGCAUAAAAAGAAGAUAAAAUCAGACCUCCUAGAACAAGCUAAAAUAUAAAGUCUUUUGUCAACCCAAGUUUACACUAAAUACAGAAUCUUGGAGUUGCUAGCUCGCUUUGUGGCAUUUCAGGACUGUGUUUCCAAAGGCCUAAACUUGCUGAGACAGAAGAUGAGAGAAAGAGUGUGCAGGCCACACCAUUAGGCAGAGCGAGGCAGCUGCCUUGAGCUGUAUAAACACUAUACUUUUAACACAUCCUUUGCUUCAAAUAAUUCUGGGCACUGUAGUUUAAUCUCCCCAGAGUUACAAUUCCCAGCAACCCUUAAGAAACUACAGUGCCUGGGAUUCUUUGAGGGAAAGAAUGUGACUUAAAGGCAUAGCAUGUACAUAGCCUCUGAUGCUGGGGUGUGGGGACAGUGACUGCACUUCCCCCUGUGCAUUAUUCUCUGUUGGAAAACAAAGCUGGGUGGGCUGUGCAACAAGCAAUUUCCUGAGGCAGCCUCCUGCCCUCAGGUGUGUUUUAAGAUGCCAUCCCAUUGUCAGUGCUGAAGUAAGUUCACUGGGCAUGGUGCUAUCUUGUGCUUCACCACAAGCAGCAAAUUGUCUUGGGACAGCGCAUGCACACACAGAGGUGUGUGUUUGUGUGAGAGCUUAUCUUUGUGAUGGGCUUUGGAGCAGGGAUUUCAAGGUAAAAGGGAGAGCUGGGCUAUUUGAAUCACAGCAUAUGAGCAUAUCACUGGCUUGCAUAUCUAUGUAUCUAUUGCACCUACCCAGUUGACCGACUGAUUAUUGAUCAGCAAAAAAUGUGGAGCCACAUGGAUACCUAUUACACAGGUGGAGAAGGCAGGAUGAGGUAUGACGGAGGGUAGUUUGGCCUGGUUGCAUCAUGGUAAUGGAAUAAGAUACAGCAGAUGACAGCACCAGAUUCGGGAGUGGGAAUCAUGGAGGCAUGACCAUCUCUUCUAAAGGCUACCCUUGUCUCCCACAGACAGAGAGCCUAGCUUCUUACCUUAGGGGGAAACCCAGAGAUGCUAAUGUGGCAAUCCUGUCUUCACUUACAGGAAUACCGCUGAACUCUGUGAGGCUUAGUUCUUAGUAUGUCUCAUGUUGCUCCUUGACCUUAGAUUCUCAUCUUACGCAAAUAUAUUUCUGUGGGACAUCUUGUUAAGAAAGGGACCUGGCAGAACUUGCAGUCAAACAUUUUGUCAUGGUGAAGGAGCCAUUUCAGACAUUGAUGCUAGAACGAGUAUCAAUUGCUACUUUACAAAGUUUAAGGUAACUCUCAGAAAUGCCCCAAGGUUCUCCCUUAAAUUUAAGCUGGUGGAGCUGUAAGGAACGCCAUCAAAUGCCUUUGAAUUUGUACCAAGAUGCUGAAAACUCAGAGCUCAUCUUAGACUAAUACAUCUCUGUGUAUGAUCUGCCCCCCAACUUUAGAUGCUGGACCGUGGGAUUGAGGUUUUAUCAGUGUAGCAUUUGGGCUGGUUAAUUACUCAGUUGCAAAGGCAGAGAUGAGUCAAGCACAUGAGUGACGUCCAGGAAAUUCUUUAACCCAAAGCAGUGGAGUCAAGACUCUCUGCCCUGGGGGUGCUGGAGUCCAGUUGUGUGGUUAUAAUAAUUCCUUUAGCCCCAAAUCCCUUUGUCACUUUGCCUGUUCCACCUAUGGGCUUUGCUGUGGAGCCAUAGACUGCCCACUUCUAAGAGAAUCACAAAUGCUUUUGUGGCUCUGUGUGUAUUUAUUUACCAUCUUUCCACUGCAAAGCUGUGGGAGGAGGAAAACCUGUGGCUAAGGUCGGGAUGCUGGUGAAAGAUCUGGGUUUGGUUCCCAGAUCUGUCAGCGACUCUCUGGGGGAUCUUGAGUAACAUGCUUCCUGUUUGUCUGUGUUUGUCCGGCCAUCUUUCAUAAUAAAUGCUCAUUUUUCUUUCUGUUACACACAAAUCGUGAAAAUGCUUAUACAUUUGUUGCAAACACUGUUUUUCAUAAGGAGCAUUCACAUAUAUUUGUAACCAAGAUCUUAAUUUAUAAUAUUUUAGGCAGAAAUAACCACUCCUGGCAGGUGCAUGUACUGGGUCAAACACACUGCCACUUCAGAAAGAAGUGGGACUGCCUUGGAGACUCAUCUGUACCAGUAGGACCAAUGUCAGAUAGAUCCUUAGUUUUGCAGAGAGAGGAUUGCUAACAGAAUAAUCUGAGUCUGAUACACUCCUUGUAUUAAUGGCCCCUCUGGGGUGAUGCUGGUACCCCCCACAACAGGUUUGCCUGUAUCUACCAUCUGUAAUCUUGUAUAUUGAUCUUCCCAUAGAAGUAUUAGAAGUUUUCUGUCACCAAUUGGCACAUCAGAACAAUGGUUCUUAUGCUUCACAUAUUUAUCUUUUAUCCUGGAUAUAUGGCUCCUUCACAGUGUGGCUGUGUACACACACCCAUUCAUUCUGCAUCUAGUGCACUCCCACUAAUGGUCUGGGAAGCAGUGUAUAGAUGAUGUUAGCCACAAUCCAUAUAUAUCCUGUUGCUUCUUAUAAAAUACUGCAUUUUGAUGCAUUCCAUCCCACCACACAACCAGCUUUCAUCCAAAACAAGCAAAAGAAUGACCUAUCUCUCUGCUUCUUAAACUGUGUCUUUGAAGAGUGCAGUGACGACUGAGUGACCUGCACAGUUUGCUACCAGGGUUGCAAAAAUGUCUACCAGCCAGUCUCCUCUGGCAGCUGCCUCUGCAACAGCCCAUUCACUCACCUGCAUGGAAUUCCAUGCACUCAGCUGCAUGCGAUUCAUCAUUGCCUAUGGCUACCAGGCAAGGGCUUAAAUACAAGGGAAGGGCUGUGGUUCAGUGGCAGGGCACCUGUUUUGCAUGCGAGAGGUCCCAUGCUCAAUCCCUGACAGCUCCAGGUGAUUCUAGGAAAGCCUCCCUUUCUGAAACUCUGGAGAGCUGCUGCCAGUCAGUGUAGACAAUACUGAACUAGACAGAGCAAUGGUGUGACUCACUAAGGCAGACAUCAGCCAGGACAUGAUGAUGCUGAACAGGAAAGGAUUCCCCACUGGGGACAGAGGAGUUCCUUGGUCAAUAAUGUUCAGGAAAUGUCUCAAUGGGUAUGAUACUGUGCAAGUGUCAGAUGGCUGCUCUUUUCUUGUUUUAUGGCAAGCUUUGGUGCUUCUCAUUUAACAGUAACAAUGCCUGUAAGUGAAGCUUUUCUUUUCACUGCCUCUCCAUGACAGGAAAAGAUUAUGCUGUUGAACUUCUGCCUGUAUCUCACAAAUUUUGGGUGUGUGAGCUUAAGACAUAAAGGUGGAGUAUAAACUGUAACAACUCCAUUUUUAUUUUAGAUGUUGGAUAUCAUCAGCAUUCAUUCAUUAUGUUUAUUGCGUAUUGUGGGUGAAGUGUUAAAAUUGAGCAACCUGCCUCUCAGGAAUCUUUUUAUGAUAUUAUUUUUUCAAGAAAGUAAUCUUUAUGCAAAAUAUUGUCAUUUCAUAUUCAGCGAGUGUCUAUCCAGUAGUGUUGGCUACCAAAGCCCAAUAUGUCAUUUUCUUUGUUUCUGUGAUUUGCAAGCCAAGAUUUUCCAUGCUUUAGUCAGAUGUUAGAGAGCUCAGGGCUCCUGCAUCUUUAAUAGUCCUGUGGAAGACAGGGCAGCUGUUGCUUCUAUUAAAGGUGCACAAGUCCUGUCCUUUGCACCUGGCCAACCCAGCAUACUCCCAUUAUUAAUUUUAAUGACUCAGAAUGAAGUUGGAAUGGACCACAUCACACAAAUGCAAACACACUCUUGCCUCCCAUCUGUGCUUGAAACUCACAAAGCAAAGCAAACACAAAAACAGAGGCUUUGGCACCUUGAUUGUGUUUGCUGCAGCAGACCUAACCCUCUGGGAAGUGUAUCAAAUGACUUAAACAAAUUGUGACAUUGUAAUGGCUAUUUUAGGCACCUCUAAUAACAGUUGCACUGUAAAUGUUACCACUAAUGGCAAAGUAUUCCUCCCCAAGUUACAUAUUAAUGACUGAGAACUAUGCAAUUAUUCAAAGUCAGUCAGAGUUCAUUGAGAUCAAAAGAUAAGAUCAGAUCUGCUUGAGUUCAGUUCAUGGUUCUGACAUUUUUUGUUACUUCAAGACUAGCUUGAAUAGCCUUACCAUUGGAUGCCAAGGACUAGCUUGGGUUUGAACAGCGUUUACAGGAUCAGGACUAGCACCAGGAAAGUAAGCCUUGGCAGGAUCCAGUCUGGAGAAGGAGCAAGGCUGGACCAUAUACAGGAAAGGCAGGACAGACAGGCAAACUAUUUGUGAUAGGCGGCAGUCACACUGUUAGAGAAAUCCCUCCCAAGGGAGAUUCAUCAGGUCCAAUCUGUUGACAAUUUUAGGCAACUAGUAAAAAAUCUUUCUAACAAGCCUUUCAUGAUCCUGGAACUUCUUGCAUUUUUAUUUAUUUAUUGCUCGGAGAUUUUAUGUUUUGUAACUGUUCGGCCAUUUUAUUUUAUUAUGACCAAUGAGUUGCACUAUUGUGGAAAUCAGUCAAAACCAUUGGCCAGUAGAGUUGGCAUCAUUUCCCCUCAUAUGAAUUGCCUCUGCCGCAACCCCCAGUCGCCUUUGACUGGACUUAACCGUCCAGGGGUCCUUUACCCUUACUUUUUACCUAUUUUACAAGGGCAACACUGAGACUUGGGAGGAGGAGGGUGACAGGCAGUGCCAUUCCCUGGACUGAUUUUAAGAAAGCGCCCGCCAAUCUGCAGGAGGGCAGAUUGAGGUUAGUGAGGCGGUGCCUCAUUUGCCUUCAGGGACUAGCUUCCAGUGUACCCAUUUGGCAAUGGCUAAUAGCCAUAAGCAGCCCGAGCCUCCUAGUUUCAGGGGCAGCAUUGCUCUCAAUACCAGCUGCUUGGCAGCAACAACAGGAAAGGGCUUUUGCCUUCCUGUCCUGCUUGUGUGCAGAGGCAGAAUUAGGGAAGUAAAACCAGUUUGAUUCACUGGGCACAGAGCUUUGGGGGCACCUCUGGGGUGCCACAAUUAUGGUGUAGAAUGGAAGGUGAGAGGUGGGACACACACACACACACACACACACAAAAUGUUGGUGUCACACAGGGCGCCACUAAAAUUUGAGACCCCAAGGCCUACCACUGUUGUGUGCUUUUAUGUUCUUAUAAGAUGGGUGGCUAAGCUUUUUUAGCCUGAGGGUGGCAUUCACCCUUGGCCAACCCUCUUGAUGCUGAAUGCCAGUGGUGUGUGGGCACAGUCACCCACAUUCUCGCAUGCACACACACCCUGCUAAGAUCAGUGGCAUUGGAAAGGGUAAGAAAAUUUGCUUGGGGGUGGGUGGGCCAAUCAGGCCCCCAAUUUGGAGGUUAGCCACCCCUGUUUUAAGGAAUGUCAGAUUGCUGCCAAGAUUCUCAGCCUCCUCUUCUAUGACUUGACAAAAGACAUGGGCAUAUAAGUUAUUGCAAUAGUUCAGUUUUCAUUGCUGGAAUUACUUGCAGCUGUCUCGAAGUGUAAGCAAUAACAUGAGCAGAGACCCUUAAUUAAGAGCUAUUGAUAUUUCUAUCUUUCAUUGAUUUGUCCCAUCUUGUGUUUGUUAUUCUAUUAGUCAUCAGUGUCAUGUCCACAAGCUAGAGAGUUCCACAAUUCAGAUACACACUGCAGGAAAUAAAAAUUAAAUGUGGGACAUUAGGGAGCUUCCCCAUCCCAAUUGUAUAAUUAUGUGGAAGUGGGUAAUUCAGUGAUUUCUCUUUCUGUUUCACAGGAGAGAAAGAGCCCAGUCACACAACACGUCAAAAAUACCCUUUGGUUGCUUCUUUUCCAAGUUAAAGGGCAGUUGUUUUUACUUCAGAGGUUGCACACCAAAAAGUUUUGUUUGUUUUCACUGCCCAACUCACAUUGUAUUUGGUUUCCCCCCUUCCUUAAUUGUAUGCAGUGUAAAGUGUACAUACACACACGCGCACGCGCACACACACACACACACACACACACACACUUUAUUAAGGUAGCACUCAAGGGAACAAAUACCACAGUGAAGUUUGCAACAUGUAACCUUAGCUCUGCCUCUUUGAUGGUGUUCCCAGUUCUUAAUUACAUAAUCCCAUCCAAUGAAAAUAUAUCACACUCUCAGAACAUGCAAGCAUGAAGCCCUCCUGGUGAUUUGUCAGUGCCCAGGAAUCCCUCAUCUUUCUGGGGUGGAACUAUUAUUUCUUCCUAAUGCCAAGCAGGGAUCUCUGGGCAUAAUGUUUAUAAUAAUAACAGCACAUUGUGAAAAAACAAAACUCAAAAGCUGCAUGCAUUUUUUAGUAUGUCAUGUUUUUCUUCCUCUGCCCAUUGCCCCCCCCCUUUAGUCUCCCUAUAGUUUUUUGCAUUUUGCACACAAACCCAUUUGCAUGCAAAGCCUGGACCACUCAGCUCUUGAGAGGAAUGUUUGGUGAAGUGAGGCACCAAAGUGGGGCAGCAGAUUCUUUUCUCAGUUCCUGCACACUGACAGCUGAGUAAUUCACCCUACUAGGCCAGCUUCAGGUUUAUACUGAGGUGGGAGAGGAGCUGCUACUGCUGGGUUGAUAUCCUGGGAGCAAGCAAGCAAGCAUCCUGCCAGGGACCUUUUCCACGGACUGCAGAAUAAUCUGACACAGCCCAGGAGAGAACUCCCCAGCUACAGGGGCCCAGAUACUGGGGAUUUCAUUCACAUAUGUUGUUUUUUAAAUGUAGAUUUUUGGAUCUGCAGAAGGAUGGGCAGGCUUGCUUGGAAGUUUAUCCUGCUGAGUUCACUGGUAUUAACUUCUGUGUAAUUGUGAAUAGGAUUGUAGCUCUAGAGAAGGCAGUGAUGACUGUUCCCCAUUGGAAAGGUAAGGUGCAAGGCAUGGAGGCCAACAGUAGGUGGAGUCAGAGCCAAUGAUUGGUGGAAACAGAAGCAAUGGCAAGCAUAGCUUUUUUCUGCUGACCUGCAUCUGACUCUAGCCCUGGCACAGAGCCAACUAAUUCCAGUUCUGUCCCCAUCCUCCUCCAUUCCAGGUUCUACUAAGGCAACCCUGAGACUUAGGAGGAGGAAACUGACAGGCAGUGCCCCCACACCCCAGGACAGUUUGUAAGAAAGAACUCAGGCUGGUGGGGUGGCUGAGAACAGGCACAUGUUGGUGGGGCCAUGCCUUUGUAGAAAUUUAUUUUGACACUAGGAGAGGAUAUACUGUUAUAUCUUUCUUUGCUCACAUUAGUGAUAUCAGCAGAAUACCAUUCUUUGCAGCUUAAACUUGGAAGCUAAGACAAGGUUGAUUUAACCUUCUCGAAAAAAUAAUCCAGGAUGCUUUAAAGCAGAUUGGAUAUUCCUGGUAUCACCAUUUUUCUCCUCCUUAAAGACAACAAUCACAUACACAUUAGUUUGUGAAGAAAUAAAAGCAGUAUUUACUUAUAUAAUCUAGGCCAUGAAGCAGCAAUUACAGUGGCAAAAUGAAGGCAGGUUUAUACCGUAACUAUUAUCUAAGUUACAAAAGGGGACGCGGGUGGUGCUGUGGGUUAAACCACAGAGCCUAGGACUUGCCGAUCAGAAGGUCAGCGGUUCGAAUCCCCGCGACAGGUUCAGUCGCGGAUGACUCUGGGGUUGCGGCGCUCAUCUCGCUUUAUUGGCUGAGGGAGCUGGCGUACAGCUUCCGGGUCAUGUGGCCAGCAUGACUAAGCCGCUUCUGGUGAACCAGAGCAGCGCACGGAAACGCCGUUUACCUUCCCGCCAGAAUGGUACCUAUUUAUCUACUUGCACUUUGACGUGCUUUUGAACUGCUAGGUUGGCAGGAGCAGGGACCGAGCAAUGGGAGCUCACCCUGUCGUGGGGAUUCGAACUGCUGACCUUCUGAUCAGCAAGCCCUAGGCUCUGUGGUUUAACCCACAGCGCCACUUAAUGAUGUGAUAGAUUCCCUCAAAAUGCUCCUUUGAAAACCAACCCUGAAACAGCAUGUAUUUUAUCAGAGAAGUAACUGAGAGUGUUGCUACCUACUUUAAAAGACUUGGGGCAAAAGCCCAAAGAAUUUUUCACAUAAUAUGCAUAGAUGUAAAUUCAGUUUGACUCAGAAGGGGGGAAAUCCUGUGGCUGUUAUUGUCAAGGGGUGUCAACAAUACUUAUUUAUUUUUGGACACAGUGCACUGAAUGUAGAUUGAGCCGUCCACUGCACUCACGAUCUGCUGUUAAGAACUGCUGCCUAUGUACAUAUUAAAAUGAUAAUUCUUGUCCAACAUCUAACAUAACCUCUCUCUUUCCCCCUCCCCUACCUCCACACGUGACAUGUCUCCUUCUUCCCCACCCCAUUCAGCUAUUGCAUGUGCCUCUGGGCAAAAUAGGAUGGUGAGUGUCUGGGGCCCACCAGCACUGUGUUUUACAGCAUACCCAGCCUCCCUUUAAGCAAAGAGGUUUUUUAAAAUCAAGUUUUUGAAAGGAUGAGAAGGUGUUGAAGGUCUGGCAAAAAAAGACCGGUAGCUCAGCCGUCCGUCCCCCCACGCCUUAACACCACCUCUGGAAAUAAUGUAAAGACACCAUACAUUUAAAGAGCAGCUCCAAUAAUUAUAGGAACUUUAGUGUACCCUUCAAAAAGCUGCAAUACCUAGCACCUCUAACAAACUAGUGCCCAGGAAUCUUUGACUGUGUGUGUGGUUUAAAUGUAUUGUGUGUAUGCAGCCCAAGCCAGCACUGUCUCAUGAAAGUCAUGUAACAUCAUCUGGUUCACUCAGAAACAAGUCCCGCUGUGUUCAAUAAAACUUAAUUCACUCAUAAGUGUGUUUUUGGAUUACAGUUUUACAGCACAAUCCUAACCAUAUAAACUCAAGGCCUAUUUAAUUGAGUUGAGUUUAUUCCCAGGCAAAUAAUCCCAGGUAGUAAUCAUGGGGGACUUCAACUUCCCCGAUAUCUGUUGGAACUCAGACUCCACCAAGAGUGUAAGGUCUGACAAAUUCCUCCAUUGCAUCGCUGAAAAUUUCAUUUCCCAGAAGGUGCAAGAACCAACAAGGGGAUCAUCUACCUUUGACCUGGUCCUCACCAAUAGGGAGGAACUGAUUGAUGAAGUGGAAGUGCUUGGAAAUUUGGGAGAAAAUGAUCAUGUUCUCCUGGGUUUCAGGAUACAGAGGCAAGGGAAAACUGCUUAUAAUCGGACACACUCUCUGGACUUUAAGAAGGCCAAUUUCGAAAAGCUGAAGGAGCUACUGGGUGUGAUUCCAUGGUCAGAAAUACUCAAUGAGAAGGGAGUCCAAGAAGGAUGGGAGUUUCUCCUUUUAAAAAGCCCAAAUGCAGACAAUACCAACAAGAAAGAAAAGUGGGAGGCAUCUAAGGAAACCGGUGUGGCUGCAUAAGGAGCUUACAGAUGAGCUGAGAGUAAAGAAGGGCAUGUACAGUAUAAGAAAUGAAAGAAAGGGGAAAUCAAAAAGGAGGAGUAUACAUGAGUAGCCAACAUUUGCAGGGGGAAAGUCAGGCUGGCUAAAAGCUCAGAAUGAGCUCAGGCUUGCAAGAAAGGUUAAAAAUACUAAAAGGUUUAUUCGGCUAUGUCCGAAGUAAGAGGAAUAACAAGCAAGUGGUGGGUCCUCUGCGUGGGGAACACAGAGAAAUGCUAUUGGGUGAAAGAGAAAAGGUGGAACUACUCAACACCUACUUUGCCUCUGUCUUCACUCAAAAGGAAAGUGAUGCCCGACCUGGUGAUAACAGAAUAAAUGUUGUAAGGAGGGAGCUGCAGCCCAAAAUAUGAAAAGAGGUAGUAAGGGAACACCUAGCUACUUUAAAUGAAUUUAAAUCUCCAGGGCCUGAUGAGCUGCAACCAAGGGUACUAAAGGAGCUUGCAAAUGUAAUUUCAGAGACUUUGUCUAUUAUUUUUGAGAAUUAUUGGAGAACAGGUGAGGUCUCCGCAGACUGGAGGCGGGCAAAUGUUUUCCUCUUCUUCAAAAAGGGGAAAAAGGAAGACCCAGAUAACUACCAGCCAGUGAGCUUGACAUCGAUACCAGGGAAGGUCCUAGAACAGAUAAUUCAACAGGUGGUCUGUGAGCAUUUAGAAAAGGAAGCUGUGAUUACUAAGACCCAGCAUGAGUUUCUCAAAAAUAAAUCAUGCCAGACCAAUCUGAUUUAUUUUUUUAAUGGAAUUACAAACUUGGUGGAUCAGGGAAAUGCUGUGGGCAUAGUGUAUUUUGAUUUCAGUAAGGCUUUUGACAAAGUCCCCCAUGAUAUUUUCAUGAGGAAGCUGUUAAAAUGUGGGUUGAAAAAGGUAACUGUUAGGUGGAUUUGUAGCUGGUUGACUGACCAAACCCAAAGAGUACUCAUUAAUGGUUCUUUGUCAUCCUGGGAAAAAGUGACAAAUGGGGUGCCUGGGCUCAUUGUUGUUCAACAUAAUAAUAAUAAUAAUAAUAAUAAUAAUAUAUUAUUUAUACCCUGCCCAUCUGGCUGGGUUUCCCCAGCCACUAUGGGCGGCUUCCAAAAGAAUAUUAAAAUACUGUGAUACAUCAUCUUUAUAAAUGACUUGAUUGAAGGAAUUGAGGGGAUACCCAUCAAAUUUGCAGAUGACUCCAAACUGGGAGGAGUAGCUAAUUCCACUUCUAGUUGCCCACCAGGACUAGAUGGACUUUUGGUCCUCUCCUAUUUAUUUACAGUAUUAAAAUUAUCUAUUCUGCCCUUCCUCCAGAAAGAGUCUAGGGUCAAUAAUAAACGACAGCUGAAAAACAACCUUCUAAAAAGAGUUAACCGCACUGGUGUCCUUAUUAUCCCCACAAGGUAGCUUAGGAGUGGCAGGCCCACAACCACCCAGUCAGGUUGGUAGCUGAGCAGGGAUUCGAACUCCAGUUUCCCUGAUCCAGGGACUGAAACCCUCCCCAGGAACGCUCACCACUGCGCCGCAAUGGCUUACCGAGCAAUUUCCGGGACUAAGUGCCAGUGACCCCUGGCUCAAACGGAGCCCUUGUUUACAAAGCAUCACAGGAGUCCCUUAUUACAGACGCCGCGGCAUUAAAAACAACACAAUAAACACCUUUCAUUUCAGAUGCAGAGUUUGACUUUUCUGCGGGGCGCCCCGUCGGUGAGCAUGCAGAUGCGCGCGUGCAUGUUUUCUAUACUUGUGCCCUGAAAAGUCUCCGGAGGGGGGAACCUUCGAUGGGGGGGGGGGGGGCUGCUUAGGUCCACCACCCUGAUCCACACCCGCCCCCCUCGCCGCUUGCUCGCCUCCCCAGUACCUCGGCCCCAGAGAGGCCCCACUCCGCUCUCGGGGGCCGCUUUCUGGGCGCAGGCGGGGCCGAGGGCGCGGUAAUUGCAGACCCAGGCGAGGUUUGCGCCGGGGACAAGCUCAGGCAGGGCCCCGCGGGAGCUGUCGGCUUCCCCCACCAAAGCAGUAGCAGUUUGGCAGCAUUUUUCUACCCUCGCCGCCUUCCCGGGGCUGGGGGACGGACGAGAGCUGACAGCUUCCUGUUGUCUUCUAUUUUUCCACCCCCGCGCCGUAGGUUAAUAUAAAAAAGAGAGAGCUGCGGUGGGGCGCCCGCAUUUUUCUCUCUGCCCGUGCCCUCGGCGCGCCGUGCGUCCUGGUCAGCGCGCAACGGGCGCAGCCGAGCUGGGCCGGGGGGCGGGCCUUUGGCGCUCUUCGAGGAGGACCACCGUGGGUGGGAGGGAGAGGAGGGCCGCUGACUGGGCGCUUCCCCGUCGGAUCUCGUCGGGGUGAACCACAGUUCAGCGUUUGAUCCUCCGCCCCGGGGCUUGAUCGUUAUGUUUAAAAGGAGGACAAAUUGUCCCUGCUUAAUGAUACCCUUGCCCAGGCCAAAACUCCGGUGUGGCGCGCAGCGGAGCGACCCCCCAUCCCACCCCACCUCGCGCCGCUCCACCCCCGACGCAGUAAAGUCUCAGCUCGAGAUCGCCCGGGCUCUUUACGCCCAGGUCUAGAACCUGCUUUCUAUGGCAGCAGCGGUCAGAUGGGAUGGAUCUGGUGACGAAAGACUCUGGCCUCAGGGACUGGGACCCUGCUCAGACUCUCGGCUCAGUCAUAAAGUUCAGUGGGUGACCUUGAGCCAGCUGCAGCCCCUCAGUCUAUCUCACCUGGCAGGGUUGUUGUGAUGAUAAAAUGCGGGGGUGGUAGAACAACCCAUGCCUGGACUGGGGAUCCUUUUCAAGAUGGAAGGAUGCACUCCACACUGGGCAACUUUUUAUUCAAGGGAGGGCACAUGUGGGUGGUGGGUGAGGCCACAGGCAAAAGUGGAUGGAGCAACCAAAGUAAAUUUUAUUUAGCAGACCAAGAAAAGGCAGGAUGUAUGUAAUAAAUUAAAGCUGCUUUGACCAGCCACAAAGCAAUUUUCCUCCGCAACUGAAUAUAACUGCAACCAGGUAGGUCCCUCCAUACCUGAUGGGCUCACUGAGGUCCUUUGUCAAGUACCCUUUUCUGGGCAAUCCUAACUUCAAAAGUUAGGCAGAUGGCUGCAGGGGAAAGGGCCAUCUCUGCAGUGAUGCCCUGAUUAUGGAAGUGCCCUCUCAGACUUGUAUGCCUGGUUCAGCCUUUGUUACAUUUCAGACACCAGGCCAUCCUUUCCCACCAAGCUUAUUACAACAGCUUGGGCUGUUUUAGAGUUUGUUAUCUUUUUAUAUGCUUUUAAGGGGUGCUUUCCGGCUAGUUCUCCUGGAGCUUGUUGUAUAUUGUUUUGGAUUCUAGUUGUGAGCUGCCUUGAAGAUUAGAAAUAUUGGGAAGGAGGAAUAUAUAUGCUUUUGUGUAUCCAUGAAGGAGAGAUUUUCAGGCAUACAUAAACCCCAGCACCUCAUGCUGCAACUUGCAGUAUGUGUGUUGCUGGAGGAAUAGAGGGAGUUUUGAUAAUCCCCACCAUGUUACCUCAGCCCUCCUAGUUGUUACCAUAGUUGCUCUCAUGAUUCUAGAGCCUAUGCAAUUCCCUUUAGCUUGACUUGUAUUAAAGUGGUACCUCGGGUUAAGUACUUAAUUCGUUCCGGAGGUCUGUUCUUAACCUGAAACUAUACUUAACCUGAAGCACCACUUUAGCUAAUGAGGCCUCCUGCUGCUGCUGCACUGCCGGAGCACGAUUUCUGUUCUCAUCCUGAAGCAAAGUUCCUAACCUGAGGUACUAUUUCUAGGUUAGCGGAGUAACCUGAAGCGUAUGUAACCCGAGGUACCACUGUACUUGAUCUUAAAGCUAAGAGAUAACCUAGCAAAUUGAUAAUAUAAAGCUUGUUUUUGCUUUCACACACACAUUGCACACACAUCAGAGGUCUGGCCUUACAUAUUUUACACUUUUUGUACUGGCGAACAACACUCCACCCCCAAAAUGGACACAAACUGAACAUCACAAAAGGUAGAUUUAUUAUCCCUACAUACUUAAGUUUUCUUUUGUACAUGACAAUCAGAAUGAGUUAGUAUAAGCCGCUUUUAGCCCUAAUUCUAUUUCUGUGGUGACUGAGUAUUAUCUGUUCAGAUACUGUGGUAUUUUCCCAUGCAGUUCCAUUGUGACAUAUGUAUCUCUGUUUCCCUUUGCUUUGACUUACAUCUGUAUGGUGCCCCUUGUUACCACAGCAGCAUAGGAGCUGCUUGUUUGUGGUAUCGCCCCACACUUUUGCCUUAAUAUUUAAAGGCCCGGUGUCUUCUGCAAAAGGCCAGCUGCAUAGGUUCUUCCCACCCUAUUGUCACUUGGCUAAGAACAGAGGGAGCAAUGGACCCCCAUACUGCUGGGCCUCUAAAAGUUACAGUAGCAGCAUGGACUUAACUCCCCAAAACUGCUCCCAUGCUGCAGCUGUAACAUGCCUAGUUCUACAAUUCUAUGAUCAGGGGUGCCAGCUUGAAUAAAAUAUGGGGGGGGGGGGAGGUAAUCUCUGCCCUGCACAAUCAAUCACAAGAUGCGGCACAGUAUUUGAACAGCAAUGCCCAUCAACUUGGGGGGCAGCCCCCUCAAAUACUUUAUUGUGAUUGAAGGAACCUCAGUCCCUAGGAGUUGACUCCUAUAUGUCUAUGAUUCUAUAUAAGGGGCACCUGUAGCCCACAUUUUUAAAAAUUGCUGUUUUCUCCUCUGUUUUACUGAAUGCAGACCAAUGAGAUGUAUUUGAAAAGAGCCCUGCUGUCCCUAUACAUUUGACAACAACAACAACAACAACAACAACAACAACAACAACAACAAUAAUAAUUUAUUAUUUAUACCCCACCCAUCUGGCUGAGUUUCCCCAGCCACUCUGGGCGGCUCCCAAUCAAGUAUUAAAAACAAUACAGCGUUAAAUGUUCAAAGCUUCCCUGAACGCCUUCAGGUGUCUUUUGAAGAUAGGAUAGCUACUUAUUUCCUUCACAUCUGAAGGGAGGGUGUUCCACAGGGUGGGCGCCACUACCGAGAAGGACCUCUGCCUGGUUCCCUGUAGCUUUGCUUCUCGCAAUGAGGGAACCGCCAGAAGGCCCUUGGCGCUGGAUCUCAGUGUCCAGGCUGAACGAUGGGGGUGGAGACGCUCCUUCAGGUAUACAGGGCCGAGGCCAUUUAGGGCUUUAAAGGCUAGCACCAACACUUUGAAUUGUGCUCGGAAACGUACUGGGAGCCAAUGCAGAUCUCUCAGAACCGGUGUUAUGUGGUCCCAGCGGCCACUAAGAUCUCAAAGAAUUGCAUGUCCAGCCCUUGUGGCUGGAGAGAAACGUUUUGAGAAUGGUCGGGUAGCUUUGUCCAAUGCUGCCUUAAACGUAUAGACUGGACAAUGCAUUCAGUGCACAAGGAGUGGACCUUCAAUGUCCUGAGCAGGUGACUGCCUCUCUCCAUGGUGCUUAUUCAACUUCAACCCUUCUCCAUCUUUCAGUGCCCAUUGACUACUCUUAUUCAUGGUUGCAUGGGACUGCUGCUCCAAAAUCUGUAAAAAUGCAAUAGUUUAUAAUCAAUUAAUGAUAUGCAUUAGAUAUCAUGAGACUAGCAUUUGGGUUUCUUUGGUACCUUAUCAUGCUCAUCCCCUUUUUUCUUUGCACAGAAGUUACACAUCCUGUACUUGUGACGUUGUGUCAGCUAUGGCAUGUAUCUAGCAAAUAUCCAGUUUGUCUCAUGGUUCAACAAAGCGCCAGCUCAAGGGCCUGAUGUCAGUUUGCCCCUAGUUUUGUUGCAAUCUGAAAAAUAUAGUCUCAACAGAGUCGUAUGGUGUGAUUCUUCAGAAUGUGUAGAUUGGCUCAUACUUAGCCAGACCCAGCAAAAUUACAAAAUUGAUUUAUGGAUGCAUUUUUAACAUGUACCAAUAAAUGGCAAAUGGACUGUUUACUCUUCUUGAUCUGUUGAACUCAGGACACAUCAUGAUGUUUCCCAUGGCAAGGAAAACGUAUAAUGCAUCAUCUCUAUGGCUAUAGCUGUGUGUGUGAACAACACUUUGGGGACGUUGUCAAAACCAGAUGAUGCAGAUUACCCACUCUGAAUCUGAAUGUGGGAUUACAUAAUGCUGAGCACGCAUUCCAAAUGGGAAACAGCUCAGAGUUGACUUUGCACAGCUCUGCAACCCAACGUACAUACUCCUGAAUAAAGAGAAAAGUACAACUUGGAAGCUGUCAGUGAUUCUGUGGAGAUGGCCAAAGAGUAGAGAUGGUGAUGAGGUAGAAAUGCAGGGGGUGGCAAAGCAGACAGGAUGUGUGGUAGAGCUGGGGGACGUCCUUGCACCAGAAUGCUCUUCCUGGUUUCUGCUUCUUUGCUGUGCUUAUGAGAACAGUGCCUGUUUGCAGUCCUUCCGUUUCCUUAGCCUUACUGAAGUAUGAUGACCAUUCUGCAUUUCCAAUCAGUACUCACUGGUACUCAGGUUUCCAUUAAGUGCAAGAUAGGUCUUAUAUAUGUCUGAUAUAUGGUAUGAGGUUAGGCCUCUGGAUACCUGCUGCUAAGGAGCAAGAUCAAGGCAGGGCUGUUGCUGUCUUGGGUUUCACAGAGGCAUCAGGUUGGUCACUGUGGGAAACAGGACACUGAAUUAGAUGGACCUUUGGUCUGAUCCAGCAAGGCUCUCCCUAUGUUAUGAAGAGGUUGCAUGUUUUUGUACCACACCCCGUUACACAAGGGAUGCCUCAUUCUAGAGCUAUUGCCAGUAUGCUGCAGAGCAGAAGCAGCUCAUGACGGGAUCAUAAUGGAUGGCUAUGAAGAUAGGACAAAUAGAAAGUGCAGCACUGCCUGUGUGGUCUCAUUCACAAGCACAGUCAUUGCCUUCAAAGUUCAUGGGUGGUGCACAUGGAUUCCUUAAACCCUGUGCUUUAUAACUUCCUCUCUGGACAUGUACCCAGGUCACUGAGUUGGGCUGAACCAUUACUGGAAAUCCCCUGGCUGCCUCAGCUUCUCUAGUGACUCAUCUUCUUCAUUUUGAUUCCUACAGAACUUGCUGAGAAUGGCAGAAGAUGAGCCAGGCAGUAAGGAGCCUUUUUGUGCCCUCUUAUCCAACAAGAUAGGCAGAGAUCCAAGUGGGGAAAUCCCCUGUAAGAUCUGUUAGCUCCACUAUCUGGGACUCUGAACAGGCUGGCAGCCUUCUGAAUUUUAAGUGUUGCGAUGCUGAGGUUUCCCCUGAAAUAAGCUGCUAUUUAUAUACCACCAUCAGGUAUCACACACUGUUAAGCCGCUUGCCACUAGACAAAGAAUGGACAAUAAUGAAACACUGGGCACAGCAGAUUAAUGUUAUUCUUUGCCUUCCUGGUAUCAAUCCAUCCCUUCCUAGCCCAUAGCCCUGCCUCAGAUAUCUAAAAUGCAUUGCAUUUCAUGUUGCAGACUGAAAAAGUUGCAUGUUUCUUUGAUGGGUAGUAAAUAUGAUGGAGGAAAAUGUUCAGGAGUUGAUGCACAAGGAAGCAUGUGGGCUACACCAAGUGCCUGAGCACAGGGAGCCUCACCAAACCCCCUCUCUGGCCUUUGAAAUUUAGCAGAAACAUGGCAUAUUUUCAAGUUCUUCUCCAUGACCAUGAAAGCAGCAAAAUUGUUCUUUUUAGGAAUGAACAUGGAGAUUACAGUAUCUGGAUGUUGCAUGUGACUGCAUCUGACAUGAAACAGUUUUGUAAGUUUCUCCCAGGAGAAUUGAAGCCCCUUGGAUUCUAGGGUGAGGAGAUUCCUGGGAAUAGCCUCCCCAAAAAGUUGACAACACAUUCUUAAGUGUGAUGAGUAAAACCCCUGCACUGAGAAUCGUCUGGUAAACCAAGGAGGAAAGCUGGCAUACAGCCAGAGCUUGUUUACUGGCCUUUAUCAUUUUUCAAGGCUAGUCAGCUGUUUCCUCACAAAGAAAGAUGUUUCCCCUGUUUCUCUGGCUUGUGCUGUUCCCUACCCCAGAACAAGCAACAUUUCUAGAAUUCAUGAAGUUGUAUCCAACUUAAGUAAUACACAGGGUGGACCUAUUGAGAACAGUUAUUAUUUAUGCGUAAAUUAAGUCAAUUGAUUUCUAUUGGUCUGCUCUGGGGUAUGACUUGGUAAAAUACAACCCACUGUGUUUUAUGGACUUGCUCAGGACUAUGGACCAUUCUGCAUAGAAUAAAGUGAUAGUGAGACGACCUGUUCUUAGACUAUACCAUGUCAGACUGUAGUUAAGAGUAUUUAUUUUUAUUUUUAAAAACCCACUCUGUCUAUAGAAAACAAGCAUGGCUGAAGAAGAGAUUUAGUGUAACCCUUUCCUUAAGGUUACUACAUUCAGGGAAUUAAAAGAAAAUAUGGGGAAGUAUUCAAAGAUAUACCGUAUUUUUCGCCCUAUAGGACGCACUUUUUCCCCUCCAAAAAUGAAGGGGAAAUGUGUGUGCGUCCUAUGGGGCAAAUGCAGGCUUUCGCUGAAGCCUGGAGAGCGAGAGGGGUCGGUGCACACCGACCCCUCUCACUCUCCAGGCUUCGCGCACCUCUCCGCAAGCAGCAGGAGCCCAGCGCUGGGCUCCCGCUGCUUGCGGAGAGUUGCCUGCAUGCUGAAGCCUGCGCGCGCUGAGCUCAGCGCAUCCAGGCUUCGCGCACCUCUCAGCAAGCAGCGGGAGCCAGCGCCGGGCUCCCACGGCUUGCAGAGAGCUGCCUGUUUGGGGGCUGGGGUCGGGGGAAGCUCGGGCUUCCCCCGCCCCAGCCCCGCGCCUGGGGGGGGAAUAAUUUCCCCCCCUUUAUUCCCCCCCAAAAAACUAGGUGCGCCUUAUGGGAUGGUGCGUCCUAUAGGGCGAAAAAUACGGUAUAUGACCCACCCCCCUCUUACUCGUAGUCUGAAGUACAGGCCAGAAUUCUACAACCCCAAGUCUCCUGUUCUAUUCUGUGUAGAAUGGUUCCCAGUGUGUAGAACAGCUUCCCAGUGACAAGUGAAGAUCACCCUGCCCUGGCCUAAGGGGGAAAACAAGUCUCAAGUUAUGUCAAAGCAAUUCGCUAAAAGCCCACCUAAAAGUCAACUGGUGGAGAUUUUUUUUGGGGGGGGGAGUCAUGUGAAACAGCUGUCAGAUUGAGAAAGUGGCAGCUGGGAAAAGAAAUAAUAAUAAUACCUUUAUUGUCAUUGUACAACCUGUGUACAAUGAAAUUAAACAAGCCUCUGCCCCCAAACACUCAAUCCCUUUUUAAACAACACACCACCUCGCAAGUCAAUUUCGCUGUUAUUUUCCGUUCAACAGCCUAACAGCCCACGGAUAGAAGCUAUUUUUUAGCCUAUUGGUACAGCUGAUUAAAUAUACUUCUAUAUCUCCUGCCCGAGGGUAGAAGAUUAAAGAGGUGAUAGCCGGGUAUGAGUAAUCCCUGAGAAUUUUUUUCACUCUCCUAAGGCAACAAUCCCUUGCGAUGUCAUCUAGCGGACUCAAGGGACAGCCCAUGAUAUCAUGUGCUGUAUUCACCACCCUCUGUAGAGACUUUCUUUCCGUGGCUGUCAGGCCAGCAUACCACACUGUGAUACAAUAUGAAAGGACACUUUCUAUCGUGGACCGGUAAAAGUUCAUCAACUGUUGUUUAACAUUAUUCUUUCGCAAGACCCUGAGGAAAUGGAGUCUCUGUUGGGCCUUUCUGACCACCUGAGUUAUGUUGAUUUUCCAAGUGAGGUCCUCACUAAGGUAAACUCCCAAGAAUUUAAAGGAGAAGACUGUCUCCACACAGCCCCCCCCCCCCGAUAUACAACAGGGCAGGUUCCCCUCUCUUCCUCCGGAAGUCCAACACCAUCUCCUUUGUCUUACUAAUAUUUAGGUGCAAGUUAUUCUCUAAGCACCAUGUAGAUACUUUUUGAACCUCCCCCCUGUAUGCUGUUUCAUCUCCGCCUGCAAUUAGGCCCAUUAUGGUAGUAUCAUUUGCAAACUUAAUAAUUACUGUGGAUGGGUCAGAUGAUAUGCAGUCAUAUGUGUACAAUGAGUACAUGUGUACAAUGAGUACAUAUGUGUACAAUUAGCACACAUCCCUGUGGGGUGCCAGUGCUAAGCUUCAGGGAGGUAGAUGUAACAGUCCCAAUCCUCACCGUUUGUGUGGAUGCUGGUUCUGUAUAUACUGGAAGUAAUUUCAUUGGCUAAGCACAAUGCAGAGCUGGAGGGUCCUUUGGUGUAAGCCAGCAUAGUAAUUCCUAUGUACCGGUACUUAAGCUGAGGACAAACCACAGGCAAUGAGUGCUUUUUGCCCUUUUAGUGAGUAUUUCCAGGGCAUCUGGUUUGCCAUUGUUAGAGACAGCAAGUGUGCUUCAGUCUGACCUAGCACAGCAGAUGUUUUUGUUGUAGUGGUUAGGUAUUUUAGAACUUUUGUAAUCCAUUCUUCACCUAAAGGGCCCAGAGCAGAGAAUAAAUAUUAAAACAAAACAAUACAAAUAUAUAUAUAAUUCAAAGUACAGUAAAGUCACCAAGUAGGAGCAGAAACAAUAUGCACUUAGGAUGCUCCUCAGAGAAUGAGGUUUACGCUUAUUCCUGGGACUUUAGCUAGGAUUUACAUCAGUCAUCCAUAUUCCUUGAAAAUACAUACUGUCAAACUUUGAAUACAAUAAAGUGUUUUUUUAAUUACUUAUAAGAGCAUUUGUAUUGUAAAAUACUCAACCCCAAUGCUUUUUAAAGUUGGCUUUGCAUCCUAAAAGGACUGCAUUCUAUUCUGCCUCCUUUUUCUCAUUAGAUCAGUGUAAGUUAUUUGAGUGUCACCUACUCUAAAACCUCAAGGCAUUACUAUGAACAAAAUAGGAAAUAAAGCCCAUAAAUAUGAUGGACUUAAAAAGGAACAUCAAUAACCCAACCCAAAGCUAUGUAGGGGGCGCCUCCCUGUCCAAAACAACAACCCCAAUAAAGAACAAUUGUCAGCUGGAAGAUGUGGACUCAAAACCCCUAAUAACUGUGCCACUAUUAAAACUAAUAAAAUUGCAACAAAUUUACUUAAAAUCAGAGGGGAAAUUAAAAAAAAAGUCUUCUUGUUUCUAGACUGGCUUUGCAUAGACAUCUGGGUUCAGUGGAUAAUUUUAUCAUUUUGGGGCUUUCCCAGAUGGUUGCUAUUUGCAGGUGGGAUUCAAUCACCUGCUGACAAAUUAAGGUUGCACAAUUAAAGCUGAUUGGAAGGUCUUGCGCAACAAACCUGCUUCCGCAAAAGACAGACUUUUUGAGAGAAGGAAAGUGAUAGAAAAAUGCACUGGGACAUGGGCGUAGCCAAGGGGUGUAGCCCGUCCCCCCAAAUCCUCAAAAAGUAUUGAAAAGCAUUGAAAAUACUCAAUUAACGGAGGUUCUGCUCCUCCCACCCAGCAGAAGCCUGACCCCCAAACAAAAGCAAAUCUCCCAACAAAAAGCUCAGCUUGCUACGCCCAUGCACUGGGAGGUGUGGAAUAGCUACAUUGUCUAGCUUCCCUGCAUAAGAUCAGAAUGAAUGCUCAUUUGAUAGCCAACAUCAUCUAAACUCCCUGCAAACAAAUCAGGAUUAAUGCUCAAUGUAAAUGUCCCCUGGAAAACACCCAAUAUCUUUGAUGCCUAUCCUAGGCCUAACCAUUUCUAUGUAGCUAGAGUGUUUUUCCUUUUCUUUUCCCUCCAACCUCUCCAGGGCAGUGGGCAGCCCAUUGGUCAUGGAUCCCAACAGCAUCUGCCGGAAGACCAAGCGGCUGGCUGGGAAGCAGGCUGAGCUGUGCCAGACGGAGCCUGAGAUCAUGCAGGAGGUGGCCAAGGGGGCCAGGCUGGGCGUGCGGGAGUGCCAGUACCAAUUCCGCUUUCGUCGCUGGAACUGCACCAGCCACAGCAAAUAUUUCGGCAAGAUCCUACAGCAGGGUGAGCUGUUGUUUGGGGAGGCAAUUUCUCCCUUUGGGAUUUUCCCAGAGACUAGAAGGCAGGUCUAGCUCUACCACUGGGCAAAGCGAUGCAGAAUCAGCAGAAAUGCUUUUCCGUCUGGCCACAUCGACACCAUACAUCUAAAGCAGUAUCCUACUAAGCAGUCAUGGAAUCCCCAAAGAAUCCUGGGAAGUGUCGUUUAUUAAAAGUGCUGACCACACAGAGCUGCGGUUCCCAGAGCCCUUAACAAACUGCAGUUCCCAUAAUUCUCUAUGAUAGUUGAAGUGGAAUAGGAGACCUGAUGUGCGUGUGACCUUCUGUCUAUGCCUGAAUGCUGAAGUGUAUCCAUGAAGAGAAGCAUCCCCGCCCCCCGCUGUGAUAUGCUGAAAAGUACUGAGGCCUCCAGACAGCAACCAUAUUUUUCAGUCAGCCUGCAAAAUCUUCACACGUCACCAGCUCCAACUUUGUGUUUACACAGAAAAUAUGUCAAGGUGUGAAGUAGUCUGGAUUCUGCAUGUCAGUUGCCACAUGCAUUUCAUAAUUUGCAUGAAACGUACAUGUCUCUGCAGCUGUUGCAUGUGAUGAUACACACAAGAGUUUCAAAUCAUUUCCAGCACCGAAGUGCUUUCCAUGUUGGAAAAUAUUGGGAAGAAACCUUUAUAUGCUCCAAGCCCUACAACUAAUUUCAUUUAUAUCAUUUAUAAGGGAAGAAGCGUUAUCCAUUUUUCUGAAGGGCUGCAACAUGGUUGAUUAAUUGAUUGAAACCUUUUUGAUCAAUUAAAAAUGUUCCUCCAGGCAGCAGAUAUUUAACAAAUUGUAAUUAUUUUAAUUGCUAGGUACUUACAAAAACCACAGUAGCAGGCUCUUCUCAGAAGCAGCCCUCCUUUUCUCAUCCAAAGGAAGAAAUGGCUCUUUUAAGAUGCCUGUUGUGACAUGUGCAUAGAUCACUGAAAGGCAAAGGAAAUAUGCAUUUUAUGUAUAGCUACCGAUUUAUUCAUAUGCAAAUGCACACAAAUUUAAGUGACUGAUUUAAACACUUGAUUUACUGACUAAGAUUUCUUUAAUCUGGGGACAGUCCUCAAAAUGAAACUGGGUGCUGCCUUUCAUUGCUUUGUGCAUGAAAUCAAGGUCACUCAUGGAAAAAACAACACUUUCCCUGUCCAAAUAUUUUCUGCACUGUGGCUGGAUGCAAUAGCCAGUGUGGUACGGGAAUUAGAUGUUGGACUAGGACCUUUCUGGGAGCAGAAGGAUCUGAUACAUUUUCCUAGGUGGGGGGUUGCUUUGUGUCUCCCCCUCCCCUCGCUCCCACAGAAGGCACGGGGCAACACUGCAUUAGAGUAUGUGAGGCAAGGGAAUUGCUGGGUCUUCAGGGCGGCACAGGUUAUUGCUACAGGCCGAAGGUUUACUGCUAUGACAUGUCUCACUGUCCUUGUAAUGAAGCAAUUAUGGGUGCUCCCAGACAAUACAGCAGCUUUUAAUAAAGCCCAAGAAUGUAUCCUUGUCUGGGAGUGAUUUACUGCCCCCCAUUCCGCCCCCCCCCCCAAUUAGACUGUGCUCCUACAUGUCCUUAUAGCUUCCUCCAGGCUUCCCAGCAACCUGACAGAAUAGGGGCCUGGGCAAUAAAUAACACACACCCCAGGAAGCCCCCUUGCCACAAUACUGGAUGGUGUGUUUUUUUUUCCAGCCCUGCCCCAAAUGUAAGAGGACAGGCAGGUCAAAAGGACAGGGCAGGAUCCUGGUGCACUGCCCUAGGGCCAGCAACAGGCACACUAUGGGCACGACUAAUGUUGUCAGGCUCAUAAAAAGGGUUUGUAAAAAUAAGAGCCACCUUUUUGAGGAAAAUUUCACAGGACGUUUUGGACACCAACUUGGGAGGUCAGUGUUAUAAUUUCUGUCUACUGGAAUACACAACAAGGGGUUCUACACAUCCCACUCCCAAUACCUGCAAAAGUUUCAGGGUGGACAUACUGCUCUGCUUCCGAUCAGUUCAUGUCCCAUAACUUCCUACUUAAAUCCUAUAACUUUAAACCACAAAGUUACUCAUGCUGUUGUUUUUCUUGAUUUUGUUGUGCCCUUUCAGAUGGCAAUAAUACAGUAAUACUGGGGAAGCAUUGCAAUGCAACUAAUAAAGCAGAAUGGUACAGGGAUGAUCCAAUAUAAACCCACUACCAAUGCACUAUUAUUGCAUUAAUAACAUAUUGCAAAACGCAGCCCCCCAAAUCCCCACACCCUCACCAGUCUAUAGGGGCUUAUACACAGUGGCUGCCAUUUCUGCUGAGAGCACAUGCUGACGAUGACAAUAUUUCCCUUAGAUAUUUGAUCUUCAGAGCCCUUUCCAGCCAGAGAAGAAGCCCAUCUGGUGUAGUUCGAAACCUACGGAAGUAAAAGAAUGGAAGGCUCUUUCCUUUGUCGGUCAUUUCACUCCCUAAUUAGCAAGCCGCGGCAUUGUGUUUCCACCCGCGCUUCUCCCUUGGACAUUUACCGUAUAUGUCUUAAGGCGACGAUUAGAGUCCAAGGGACUAAGCAAGUGAACCUUGGUGGCGGCGGAGCAUGGAUAGAAACUGGAUCGGGGGUGGUGUUGCUUGUGCAACGCAGGAAGGUAUGCGCGAAGAUGCUGCGGGCAAAAUGCAUGGGAGCUUGUUGCUGCCGAGCCGGGUAGCCGGCCACGUAAAGGAAUGCCCUCCUGCAACGCAGACAGAGAAGCCCGCCCGUUUUCAUCCCGUCCUCCCUCCGUGUCCUUCGCUCCUGGUAUCUCAGCCCGGCGGGCGGCUCCGGGUUUGUAACAAGCCGGGCGACUGCUGGCAAAGUGAGAGGAGGAGGGCGGGCGGACGGGAGAGACUGAGCCCCCGGCGGGUGCGGCGCCUGGUGCCGGAGCAAGCAAAAGGAGAAUCCCCCUUUGGCUGCGGCAGGUCCCGGCAUGGCGAGGGAUGCCUGGAACUCGUGUCCCGCGGCGGAGGGGCGACUGGCGCCCCGCUGUCAAUAAGAAUCCAGGUUAUUGGGGUGGAGAAGGAGGAGGAGGAGGAGAGCGGGGGGGCAUUCCAACCCGGCCUUGCCCUCUGGUUGCCGGGCUCGGGCAGCAAAGCAAUUCCUUAUUGGAGUAGAUUGAUUUUUCCACCCGCCGCGUUUUCCGACGGGCUGCUGAGCAAGAAGAGCUCAACCGGGGCCGCGCAAUUCUCGUCCGUAGCUGCCGCGCAUUUUUCGCUGAGAUUUGCGCGGGAUAAUCUCCCGCCGGACUGUGCCGGGUGAGGCAACUAUGACCGCCUCCCGCUCUGCCGCCCUUUGCAUGGCACCCCAAGCUGCUGCCUCACUCGGGUUAAAAACAUACGAACAAAAACAGCCCGCGGUGGCCACUCGAGCGGCAGCCUCUUGUCCAGUCAGCCAGCCCUUGUGUCCCCUCAGCUGGGAAAGCUGCAGUACUUCCUUACUGUAUAGUCCAGUCCCACGCAGCCGUAGGCAGACAUUUAAAGCACAUCGCUCCAAAGAAUCCUGGGGGCUGUAGUUUACCUUUUACGGAGCUACAAUUCCUAAAACCCAUAAUAAAUUACAAUUCCCAGUAUUUUUUAUUUUUUAUUUUGGAGGGGGAGUGCGUUCACUAUUUUUAAAAUGUCACCAGCGGGCCUACUGAUUACAGUGGGCCUUACUCCCAGCAUAAGGCUGCAACGUUAGACUUCUACAGAUAGCUGGAGUUUGAAGUUAAUAUUGGAGGCCGAGAUAGGCCUCUUUGGGUGAUAGCUGACUGGAGGCAGGGCUAAGAGGUUCUUAAGCCUGGCAACUUAGUUCUACUAAGGAGCAGAGUUUACUUCCUCUCACCCUACUUUUAAAAUGUGUUUAACAAAGGGGAGGCAGAAACUGAACAGGUGCACCCACCCUGGAACUGCAGUGGGGGGAAUCUUCAUUGGUUGGAUUUCUGUUUGUUAUGCUUUUUUAAAGGCCGUGCUUUUUGCCAGAUUUACCCUUGGCAGGCCCAUGAACUAGUGGCUUGUUUGUUUGUUUAAACCUGACUCCAUUUGAUGUUCUCCAUUUCUUUCUUCUUCCCCUGCUCUGCCCUCUCACUCUCUUACACAGAUAUCCGGGAGACAGCCUUUGUCUAUGCCAUCACAGCGGCCGGCGUGAGCCAUGCCGUCACCCAGGCCUGCAGCAUGGGCGAGUUGCUGCCAUGCGGUUGUGAGGCGACUCGGAGCCGGUCGCCUCCUCUGCCCCCCGCCAUCACAGGGUCAGAGGGCUCCGCUUGGGAGUGGGGCGGCUGCGGGGAUGAUGUUGACUUUGGCUAUGAGAAAUCCCGCCAGUUCAUGGACGCUAAGCGCAAGCGUGGCAAGAGCGACAUUCGAACUCUCAUUGACCUGCACAACAACGAAGCGGGACGCCUGGUAAGGGCAGCCUCCCCUCACUACGUGGGUAUCUGGAAUCCUCUCUCCACAGGCAACCCGGCCUUCUUCCUUGGUGGGUGGGGAGAACCGUGAUUGCCCUUUUAACUUGCCAGAACAUGGCCUGCUUAGGCUUAACUUGGCUGCCCGUCAUAUCCUCACUUCCACUCCAGUGACACAGCCCUGCCUUGUGUCCAGACCUAUUUCUAUGGUCAAGGUCAUCACCCCAACUGCUCUCACACAGCUUGAGCCCUCAUCCGGUUCUAGGGCUAAGGAUUGCUGUUAUGCAUGUGCAUUUGGCCAUGCUCUGUUCCAUGCAGUAAUGGGGCAGAGUAUCCUGUGGCUACAGCAGCAUGCUGUAGUCCCUUUUGCUUGCAGACACUGUCACUACUGCUGCCAUGUUAUCUGCUAAUACUGUACAGGCAUGUGCACAUAAAGCUGGAGGUAGGGGCUUUAGGACCAACAAGUGGAGAAAAUCAGUGUAGGUUUUUCUGUUGGGCAUAUUUUCUUGGGGUAAUCUGUUGGUGAGUGAGGCGAAAGCCAGCGGUGGCCCAGAGCCAAAAGUGGAAGGGUCCACCUCUUUUCUCCCCAUUCUUUCUGACACCCCUUUCCUCUCUCUCUCUCCCCCCCCCCGUCUCUCUCGCUUUCUCUCUCACACACACACACACCUCAAUUUCCUCUCCCUCUUCCCCUGCCCCCUGCCUCACUGCCCUGCAGGCUGCCAGAAAUUGGGUAGAUUGCUCAUUCUAGAGGGCUGAAUUCAGCGCUUGCAGAGGGAUUAAAAAAAUUGGCCAAAGGCCACAUAAAAUUAGAUCAAGGGCUGUAGCCUGCAGUGGGUGGCAAUAUAGGGCACAAGUGCCACUGCCAGGUAUUUGGCCAUCCCUGUCUCACUGGGCUUCAUUUCCAUGGUACAGCAAGCCAGAGUUCCUGCCCCAACACUAUGCCAACUAUUAAUUCAUUUGAAAUAUGUGUAGAACAAUUUGGACACUUUUUACUAUUGGGAGUUGGAGGAACACUUCCCUGCCAGAAGAUCUGUACACAGCUAUACCAUAAAAUCCCACACAUCAGAGUAACAACUGAUUAUCAAAAGUAUUUAUACCCACCUCAAAUUCAUAUCUAAAAAUCAUCCUUUAGCUGAUCAGGCCUGCUUUAAGCUGUUGUUCCUUAACUUUAGUUGGCCAUCAUUUUUAAUGGUGCAAAAAUGCUAGAGUUGGAUGAAGUGUUUAUUCCCAACUCUCCAUCCCAAGCAUGCGCUCUCUCUCUUACCCACCCACAUCAAACUCUUUGUAUUUUCCCUCCCUUUCUGCAAGCUUGCUUCUAAUUUCAUGAUUCAACCCUGGAUGCCCUAUAACCAAAGCAUGUUCCCUUGAUAGGCUAGGCAUCUCUUUCAACCUGCCUUCAUUGCCUGCCACCUGAAUUUCCCUCUGUAAUCUUUAGGUAUCCUCUUCCUCCUCCUGCCUCUGCCUGUCUUUUCCAUCCCCUCAAUCAGUCCUGGGGCUCAUCCUGGAUUACCACCAAAAACAUACUGGCUGGCAGAACAAGAAGAUUUCAUGAUCCCCAUCAGAACCAUCAAUUUAUCAAUGGAUAAUAAUACACAAGGCCAGAGGGGACAGUUAGACAGUUUAUGAACAGGUAUGCAAAGCAGACAGAUCUAUGCACUUACAUGCUUAGAGAGCUCAUGUGAUGUAGUACUGAAAUGUGGGAGGUGCAUGAGCCUGGAUCAAAUCCAGUAGCAACAAGCUUUGUAGGGGUAGAUUUAGGCAACUGGCAAUUUCAACCCACCACCCUCAAUAUGAGGAUAAUAAUACUGGCCUACACUGCAGGGUUGUUGUAGAAUUCUUGAUAUAGCAUAUGUAACGCGUUCCAAAUGUUCCAGGACUGUACUGUAUCACAUAAAUGCUAAAUAUUGCUGUUGUAUUACAUGCUCUCACAUGUAGAAGAGGGUAACCCAGUCCGAGUCUUUUGGUCCAUAUUCAGAAUAUGGGAAGGAGGUGGGGACAGGGAACCUAGUUCUCCUGAGAUAUUAUCUCGUUCAUAAUCUGGCUUCUAAAGCAUGGUGCUGUUGACAUCACCUCCCUCCUCUUUUGUGAAUGUAAGGCACUGAUAGGCAAUGUCAUUCUCAGGGUCUGAGGGCCAGAACACAGUAAUCUGACUGUGGAUGACAUGCAUUUUCAUUUUCUCUUUUAGGCUCAAAAUGAGCUUUCUUCCACCCCACCUUCCCUUGUAGUUGAAAGCAGCCUUUGCCAACCUAGUGCCCUCCAGUUGUCUUGGGCUACAGCUCCCAUCAGCCCCAGGCAGCAUAGGCUGAUGGGAGUUGUAGUUCAGCUCUGUGGUGAGCUGAUUUUGAUUUUGCCACUUUCACCAUUGCAGUGUGUUCUUGGAGGUAUGAAUUGUUUUCUCCAAUGGCUGUUUCUUUUCCUCCUUCCAGGCAGUGAAAAACCACAUGCGGACAGAGUGCAAGUGUCAUGGACUUUCGGGUUCCUGUGCAUUACGCACCUGCUGGAAGAAGAUGCCGCCUUUCCGGGAGGUGGGUGACCGCCUCCUUGAACGCUUUAAUGGGGCUUUUAAAGUGAUGGGCGGCAACGAUGGCAAGACACUCAUCCCUGUGGGACGGAAUAUCAAGCCCCCGGACCGGCAGGACCUCAUCUACUCUGCCGACUCACCUGACUUCUGCGUGGCUAACCGCAAGACGGGUUCGCUGGGCACGCGUGGACGAGUGUGCAACAGCACCGCCAUGGACAUGAGUGGCUGCGACCUGCUAUGUUGUGGGCGCGGCCACCACGACGAAACACUUCUCCUGGAAGAGAACUGCCUUUGCCGCUUCCAUUGGUGCUGUGUGGUGCAGUGCCGGAAGUGCACGGUACGCAAGGAGCACAGCUUAUGCAUUUGAGUGGGUACAGAAAGGACACUGGGCAGGGAUGGCCCAGAGCAUGAGGGCAAGGAUGAUGGCCAACUUGCCACAGAAUCCAAAGACAGGGAGCAUAAUCAAGCCUGCCAUGGGUUUGAGGGAACAUGGAUCAUUCUGGACUGCCUUGGAUCCCCAGAGCAUGGAAAUGGAUUGUUUCUGAAACCUUGGUUCCCUGCAGUUUCCAGCACUUGUUGGCUAUAACCUCCUCUGUGGCAGGCCCUGCGCCUCCAUUACUCAUUGACUGGACAUACACUCCUGAAGACGGGAGACUGGUGUCACCUGACAUUCUCCCAUCACCAUCCCCAGCAUCUUGGUCCUAUGUGGGUCUCUGUCUAUAGGCCAUGCACAGUUUCCCUGGAGGGAAGUGUUGUGCCUCAUUUAUUAAUGGAUCUUUCCUGUGUUUGAGAGAACAGCAGAGGUUUCCCUGAGCUUGACUGCUCGCUCCCAUGGCUUCCUUGCCCACCUUCAGCUGGGGCUGCUGUUUCUUUCUGCAUUAAUAAAGCUAUUUAAACUAA